GGUGACCCGGAACUUGUGGAGCUGCUGGAGUGGCCGGGCGAGGAGGCGGCGGAGGAGGAGGAGGAGGAGGAGCGGCGGCGGUGGCGGCGUCGCCCUCGGUGCUUGGCUGGGCAGGUAACGGGGCUCCCUGGGCGUCGGACGGGGCUCAUUCCCCUCAGCAGGCCCCUUCUGGGGUGGUCUCGGCUUAGGGCCCUCAGCGUCAGGCGAGCCGGGGCGCUUCCCCGGCACCACGUUGUGUCGCCCCGCGGCCCUUCUGGGCGGGGAGCUUCAUCCCGCCGCUCCGUUUCUUUGUGCUCCUUUCUCUUUCGCUUCCGCACCGCCGCCUCCCUGGUGGGGAGGGAGCCCGGCUUGCCCACAGGGGCUUCAGUCGAGGGACUCGUGAGGGGAACUUGCCCGCCGCUGGGGGUGUCGCGGGGAUUCCUCUGAAUGGAGGCGGCCGAAAGGGAGCGCGUGUCCGAAAGCUCAAGAGAGACCAGCGGCCGUGUGGAUUAAACGGGCGGCAAAGCCUGUACAGUGGUACCUCGGGUUACAUACACUUCAGGUUACAGACUCUGCUAACCCAGAAAUAGUACCUUGGGUUAAGAACUUUGCUUCAGGAUGAGAACAGAAAUUGCGUAGCGGGAGGCCCCAUUAGCUAAAGUGGUGCUUCAGGUUAAGAACAGUUUCAGGUUAAGAACGGACCUCCGGAACGAAUUAAGUACGUAACCUGAGGUACCACUGUACCUUAUAUGAAAGGGGGCCGGGGGGGGGUGGAGAGAAACAACAGGACGACCCUCCUCCGUCGGAUGCAUUGAUUGAACUCGGACCGCCCCAAGUAUAGGUAGGAGGGAACCGAUCCCAAUAACGUAUUUCACACGCACACACACGCACCUGUAUCUCACGCGCCGGCUCGCGAACUGCUGCUCCAAGAAGAAAUCCGAGUGCAAUUAAAACGUCCCGACUUCCAGUCCGAAGGGCCUGUACGGAUGGGAAAUGUGGGUCGAAGUGACGUUUCAGUGAGCAAAUUGUACUUUUCUCACAUAGAACUUGGUUCGGGGGACCUCUCCUGAAAUGAGUUUGAGGCUUCUUCCGCGCAAAAGGAGGAAAGUGCUUGACUUCUGAGAGCAAGCAUUAUGGCUCUUGUUAAUGAGUGGCUCAUUAGUAGCAUUUCUGACUUAUUCUUGACCAAAUGGGUGUGUGGUUUUUCGUCAUAUGGAGAAUCUCUUCUUUCCAUUAUGUGCUGGAUAGUUUGGGGUGUUUCACCCACGGAUAAAUUGCCUUAGUAUCCUUUGAUGUGUACGGUGUGACAGAUAAAAUGUUUUUAGAUAGUAUAAAGGCUUUGCUUAUUCUGCAUGAAUGUGAUUUAAAUGUCAUAACAUGCUAUCAGUGUGGACUGUGAUAGGAAACGCUGAGUGGGAAACUUUAAAUCAGUAUUUUUACAUCAAUUUACAUUACUGCUUUAAAAUUGCCUCGAUUUAAGCCGAUGCACCGGUGCUGCAACAGAAUCUCUCCCAGCGCUGCACUUUAUGGAGUAACAGGUCAUUGUUGCAUGAAUUUUCAUAGGCGAGAGUCUGCUUCAUCAGAUGUAUUACUAAAAGUAUAUUCCUUAGAUGCCAGAGAAUAGAUUCUGACUCAUACAUCUGAUGAAGUAGCACGUAGAAUUCAUCCCUCAGGAUUCCAGUUUUAAUUUGAAAUACACUUGGUGCUAGACAAGCAAAAUAAUUUUCCAUGUUCAUGCUGGCUAGAACUUUCUCAAAGACUGUUACUCCAAGAUUAAGUUACGCUAUUUGAUUAAAAGUUGAUUAUUAAGUAAUGGUCAGAACGGAAAUAAAAGCAGAGGGAAAGACUUCUUCCGUUGUAACAUUUAUGGGACAUUGCAAAUGGAUGCGCAAGCCUAUGUCGGCAAGAUACAAAGUAAUGGAAAGAAGAAAAUGUUGGAAUAGCUUGAUUAUAAAUCACCUGAUGGGCGAGGUUAUCACAGGUGCAAUGCCAAAUGAGCCAGUUGCUGUGGUAAUGGCUCUGAGCUGUAGCUAUAUCACGGUGAUUAAUGUAUGUCAGCUAGUUUUAGUUGGCCUUAGUACAGUAAGCCCGCAACUUACACACAUUUAACUUGUGCGCAUUUACAUACUUGGCCAUUUUUUAAAAAAAAGAGGGCGGAAAGGGGGCACAAAGGACUUUGGCAGCCCCACCCAUCAAUGAACCCAGUGUGUUUUGACUAUGUGAUUUUGGCUUUAGGAGCAAUCCCCAGAACAUGACCCCUGCGUAAGGUGUGGGCCUAUUUUACUGCGGUUGAAGCCUUGGAAUUAGAGCAACAGAGAUGUUCUGUAUCUGUAUAUAUCUGUAGCUGAAAAACCUGCAGGCUAAAACUUCCUGUUCUGUGUAUAACUUUCUCCAGCACUGUUUGCUGUGUCUGUUACUUAUGCAGCAGUAAAAGAUUUGGCGACUUUUACUGUGAGCAUGAUCUAAAUCCACACUUCCAUUGUAUAUGUGUCUUAUCUCAGAUUCCUAACAGAACACUUUAUUUUUAUGGUUAGAAUCAUUUACAGGAGCUGGAAAAUCAAGAUUAAGAAAAAGAUAGGUUAAUCUAUGGGAGGAAAAGUGUUAAAUGUUAUCUUGGGUGGGGUAUAAAACAAUUUAAAAAUGUUCUACACCUCACAAGAAGGAAAUAUAAUUUCAAAUGUUACCAAAUUUGAAAAUACAUACUAUCUUUUUAUAAUGACAAAGCCAAACGCUUCCACAAACAAUCAAAUGGCAGUAUUGUACUUCCCAUUUAAACUAUUGUCAUUGGACAAUAGGCCAGAGUCUUGUGAACAUACUUCCCCUCACCCCAAUCUUCUUCAGAGGGUCCUUCAGCAUUUGGGAGCAGAUUUUAGGGGCAGGUGAAGGGGUGAGGGAGAGUCGUUUUUGCCAUUGGUGCCCAUUUUGCUGGUGGAUGGACACAGUAGGAUUUUGCCCACUGAUUUUAGCUACAUGGUAUUUGCUUCAGUUUCUAUACGUCCUAUCUGUGUGGUUUGUUUCAAAACCAGCACAUUAAAAAACCCAAAGAUUUAAAUGUAUAAAAUGACAAUAAUUAGAAACAUUGUCAACUGUCACGGAGGGGUUUAUACAUCUCUGGACUGAUAAAUUUCGCAUUUGAAUGUUUAUUGUUUUCUAGCCCCUCUGUGGUGAGAGACUUUGUCUUAUAGUCUGUAUUGCAGAGAUGUAAUAUUUUCCCCCUUUAUCUAGUUUAAAUAAAAUAAGAAAUAAAAAAUGAAAUGUAAGAAAGUCAUGGUUUAUUAACUCUUAGAAGCAAAUAUUGGGCUUUUCUUCUUCUUUCCAGUUCAUAUUCAAAGUCAGUUUCUUUUUUUUGUGUCAUGUUAUCAGUUAGUGCAGGGAUAUUUCAAAACAUGUCACCUUAGCGCCACAGCUUCCAGCUUGUCCUUUGCAUUUGAAACUGUCUAAUCUUACAACCUUAGCACCAAAGUUCACAUGACAGGAGGCAGGCUCAUAAAGCACAUGUGAGUGUUUCUCAUUGUGUGAUGAUUUGGUUGAUGCAAGCGGUUUGUUGUACCUACUGAUUUCUUGAAACUGAUGGGAGAAAACUAAUGUUCUUGUGACACAUGGCAUUAGGGAAGUUCUGCUGCUUUAAAUGUGUUGAUAGGCUAAUUUGCAGUCCUGUGAAAUUGAGGAUUUUAAAAAAAUGUUUUGAAAUGUGAGCCUUGGCAGACUUGCUUGGAAAUAGAGUGUGAGCAAACAAUCAGAUUCAGAAGUAAAAUAAUUCUGUUUGGAAUGAGUGCAUCCGUUGCACUGCUGUCAACAAGAACACCACUAGGUCCACAAACUAGGUUUGUGUCACUUUCCAGUGAUAACACAGCUAAGGAUGAGCCGGGUUUCAAUGCCUGCCCCUUGAUGGGAGAGAGAGUGUAAAAAAAUAUUUUCCUGUAAUUUUUGCACUGUAUUUCAGGCCACCAUGCAAGAAAGGAAAGAACUGUAAUUCCCACAGCGUUUCCAUCAUAAAGGGGAUAACGUCUUGUUUAUCUUGGAGAGCUGUGCUGAAGACCAUUGCCAGUGAAGGGGCAUCUCUUGAAGGCAGGCAGAGAUUGUUUUUAGUGGGGGCUGGCGCUGGUCAGUUUGAAUCCCAAGGUCUCCUUUCCAAACCUGGCAAAGUCCAGCAGAGUUGCCCCAUAGAGCAAUGUAUUCUGAUCAGUUGUUUAAAUUUGGCUAGAAGACGUUUGGUACAGUAUUACUUUUAGUCCAGGAAUAAGUUCCAUGCUGGUUUCAGUAAGAGGUUGGCACUGAGUGGAACCCCUGAUGAUGCGGCAUGGGUGGAAUGCUGAGCGAUGGAAGCGCAGUCUUGGAGCCAGGCUGUUCCAGAUGACAAGAAGUCUGCCAAGCCUCCAGCACAGAAGUAUUAUUAAUUGGUGUUAGCUUAGCAGAUGUAAGAAAAUACUGGUCGAACGACGUCCGCAAGGUCAUGUUAAGUGAGAGAGAGAGAAAUACAAACACCAGAAGGAAAUAUGCAGUGCAUGGUGGAAAGUGGAAUCAUUGAAGGCAUUAUUGAAGGAGGCAGGUUUGCUCUUUAGUUGUUGGAUAUUGGAGGAUCCAGGACUGGGGGUGCUGGUAGCAAUAAUGUCUAGCCCAGAAUGAAAGUUGUCAUUGUGCUUGGAAGACAGUUACUUUUAAACUGUGCGGCUGCUUUCUCUUUUUGUUCCUAGUUGCAGGCCCGCUGAUUUCUUUUCACUGUGCAAAGUCUGUCUCUCUUCCAUUGCAGUCAGCACUUGAGUAUGCAGAACAGUUGACAGAUUGCAAAGCAUGGCUCACAAGGAGGAGAAGUUGCAUGUAAGGCAUGCAUGACUAAGUCUCAGUUCUUACCAGUAGGAGCUAGACUGUCCGUCUCCCAUCAGUGGGUAGCAGAUCACAGAUGACUUGAACAUGCUGUCAAAAGUAAUAAUGCUUUUUUCUUGUCCUGCCUCUGCUAGCAAUGUGGGGCUUUAGGAAGGAUGAGUGAAGGCAAUCUAUUGUCAUGACUUCCCACAAUGAGUUCUGGAAAUUGUAGUUUUUGAGAGAACUAAGAAUUCUGCUAGAAAACUCCCCCAUCUAUGGUUCCCCAAGGGGAAGGAAUGAUUGUUUAACACUGAAGUGUAGAUAUGAUUUUUCUCCUCCUCCAUCUAAGAGGAUUAGAGAAAGGAACACACACAUUUUUCUGACCUUUGCAAAGCUCUAGUUCUGCUCAGUUUUAUUUGAACUGUGAGAAAGAAGAGACUUUGGGGGGAGAGUGGUUUGUGCUUUUCCUUUUGCUCUGAACAACAAAAGUAUAAGAUGGAAUUUCAGAGAGGGCUGCCUCCCAUUUCUUCUAAAGAGAUCGCAAUGUGUGCCCACAUACAGAAGAGGAUCCACCUCUGGAUGAAACUAUAAACCAGGAUUGGAAGUUUCUAAUUGCUGCAUGGUGGGGGCUUUGGUGAGGGAGAGCAGGGGAGGCAGAAGAGUUUGGGCAAGGAGAAUGAAGCUCUUCAGAAACCUGUUUUAUCUUUUUAUAAACUGCAUUGAGGUUUUCUUUCAAGCAGCAUAUAAAUUUUAAGAAAUAAAGUCUUGUGCAUGAUUUUAUGUUGUGAACCAGCCACCCUGUGAUCUUUAGGUGGGCAGCAUACAAAUUUAAUAAAUAAAUAAAUAGUUCACCUUGAUCCUAUCAAAUAAAGUACAGGGAUGCUGUUUUUCCUGGACUGGAGAGAAGAUUUUCUUAGUGUGAAGAUUGCUCAGAUCUCCUCUUUUUAGAUCUGACAUCUGCUCAUCUUUUGUUUCUAUAAACGAGUUUCCUGGUUUUACUUUAAAAACCACAGCAACUCUCAGUGAAUUUUAUGUGGCCCAUGUUUAUUAGCAAAUGUGUUUUAUUGUGGAGAAGAGUGUUUUUCUCUUGUUAAUUUUAGCAGCGGAGGCUCUUAAUAAAAGAGAAGCGUCUAUAGUCCUUGGCUGCCUGAUUCACAGCAUAUAGUUCCCUCCUAUUAGAAGAGAACAAAUCUCAAAGUGGUUUACAACACAUUACAACAUCCGAUAAAACAAUCCAGAAUUCAAGCUUCAAAUAAAAUAGUCCAGGUCCUUCUCUAAGUGAUAUUUUGCUUUUCCCAGUCGCCAACCUAGCACCCAGAAAUCUCCAUGUGGUCAAAAUUGGACCUGCACCAGUCACAAAACACACCUGGCACCCGGCUAGUUUUGAACACUGAAUGAAAACCAUGUUCCCUGCCUGCAUGCUUGCAAUGUAAUAAUGCAUGAUACAUCAGGAGUCCUUCAGGGCCAUGCCAGCUUUUCAGUGAUCAAGGAUAGGAACCUUUGGCUUGUAGCAAAAUGUUUCUAAAUGUGCAUUAAAUGUCACACACUUGUAAGGGAGAAGUCAAUGACACUGAAAAGUCUGUCUGGCAUGGAGUGUAUGACAGGGUCCCCACAGGUACAAGGAGUCAUAUUUGAUGUUAUGCAUUUUGCACCAGACCAACUUUUUUACUUAAAACAAUUUGGUGCCUCUAGUUAUGGCACUAUGGGGCACCUAGCCUGGAUAUCUCUCAGGAGCCUAACCUCUUCCCUUCGCUGUUCACAGAUAUAUCUUCCAUCAUGGUGGGCGAGAGGAGAAAUGGAAAUCUGCUGGUGCAUCUUGGGCCCAAACUGCAGGCCUAUCCCGAGGAGCUAAUCCGGCAGCGCCGUGGCCACGAUGGCCACACCGAAUACUUGAUUCGCUGGAGCAUCCUUAGCUUGGAUGACAGCCUAGGAAACAGCGCCAAUGCUGCUUCCUCCGAGAGCAAAACGGAGAAUAUUCUGAUGUGGAUGUCGGCAGAGGAGGUUUAUGCCAACUGCCCCACACUGCUGGGCAAGAGGAAACCUGAGGGGCAGCGGGUAAAGGAAGAAAAAGCACCUAGUACAUACCCAUCUGACGUCACUCUGGAUGAGGCCUCACUGCUUGAGAUGAAGGCUGAUGUCAGGAACCUGGUGCAGCGGGCUGCUCGGCAAAUGGCCAGGACUACAGGCCCAGAGUCCUCCAUCCUAAACACCAUCCAUGUGCUCAGUGCCUAUGCCAGUAUUGGCUCGUUGACGGGUGUCUUCAAAGAGACAGGUGCUCUGGAUCUGCUGAUGAAGAUGCUGUGUAACGAGGAGAAGCAGAUUCGCCGAAGUGCUGGGAAGAUGCUGAGGGCCCUGGCUUCCCAUGAUGCAGGUGAGAUUUCCCGGUCUGAAAUCCUAGGGUGACCUUCAGGCUUAGAAUUUUAGAGUUGAAAGGGACCCCAAGGGACAUCUAGUCCAGCCCCCUGCGAUGCAGGAAUUCUCUGUUGAUAGUCCCUAGAAUGCUUUGAGAAACUGGAAAAUGAUAAUGAUUCAUGUGGAUGGAGUACCUGGUGGGAUUGGGUGGCUGAAUCUGCUCAAGGCUUCUGCCUCUUGCAUUUGAUGGUGGUAUUGUUAUUCAGAUAAGAGGAAGGAAUCUUGCAUCUGAAAAUGUGGUCGUCUUGUUCAUUAGGGCUGAGUAGAGUUUUGAUUCCAAACACAGUCAAAGUUUGGUAAGUCUGAACCUGCUCCAGAGACACUGCAAUCACUGUUCUUUUACGUAGCAUUUUAAAUUGCUGAGGCUUUCUGUGUUCCUCAUGGUGUUAGAUUGCAAGACAGAUAAAGUGUGGUUUUCUAGUUUUCUUGGGAGAACCAAGUUCUUAAGAACUUCUAAAGAAACUUUCAUUUUAUAUUUGAUGAUGAUUCCAGGGCUAAAUGAAUAAUUACAGAUCCGUUGCUGGAACUACGUUUAGUCAGACCUCUCAGACUUUUAUCUGUGGGUUUUAAUAGGGUUAUCCUGUAUUUCUUGAAUUUAGACAAAUAGGUUUUCCCUGAGUCUUUCCUCAGAGGUAUGCUGCAGCAAUGUUCAUCUGUCACAUUCUCACACUAAGCAUGGUUUAUCUUUUUCCUUGGAGUUCUCUAGAGGAAAGGAAAAGGGAUAUAGCUUGCCUUGAGACCUUGGCUAUCUUGAUUUUUAAUUAUUUCUAGGAUACUUUUAACCUUGAUGUUUUAAGUAUUCAGUCUGUAGUUCCCGGCUACUGUAAUGUUUCUUACUAGACUAGACAGGACUGUAUCCAUUAGCUGUUUAAAUGGAGGUCCGCUCACACAAGAGGACUUCCCCUUCCUCUGCUCUCCCCGUGCCCUCAAAAUCUACAUGAGGAGGGGGCAUGGGGUGGGCUGCAGAGGAGAGAAGGGGAAAUUCCAUUGUACAGGUGGAAGUCUUAAGUGUGGAAUGGCAGCUUUGGAUACAGACUUCAUUGUGAGUCAUGGGGAUACUUCUCUUACCCAUGAAGUCAAACAUCAUUAUAAUUAAUAUUCUUAUUUUUAAUUCAGCUCAUUGGACUGAAGUUAGUCAAGUUUGGUCCCACUUCAAGCAAACAAAAGUUCAGUGUCUUCUUUGGGAGACAGUUCAGGUUCAUGUGCAAACAUUUAAAAAUUCACCCCAUGCAGGAUUGCCCCUGCGUUUAGACCAGGAAACGCUUUCGGAUGCUGGGUCUCAGCCUCAGGGUGUGGGGAUUUUUUUUUAAAAAAAAACACCUUUUUUUCGUGGUCAUUUGUCAGGUCAUUUGUGGUUCCUGCAUUGGAAGGGGUUGGUUACCUCCCAACUCUACAAUUCUGUGAUGUGGAUUUUUAUAGUUAUAAAAUGAUUAAAAUCUUUAUUCAGUAUCCUGAUCUUAAUGAUGGAUAGUAAGCAUGUUACACAGCAGGAAUGGGGAAUCUUUUUGCCUCCAUGGGCCAGAUCCACAUUGGGAUUGACCUUGUGUGCUAAAUUUAACAAGUGGAUGGGCCUACCCACCCGUCAUUCUCCUGACCCCACAGUGACAUCAGCUGAUUUGGUGCUGUUGAGCUCCAAAACUGGGACUUCAAAGCAGGUUGCAGGCAGCAAGGAGCUGGAAAAUUGAAAAAACAACAACAGUAAAACUUUUUUAUAGCAGCUGUAUCAAUGCAGCUCUCUUGUUUCAGAGGGGUUUUCAAUGCAAAACCCCUUCCUGGUCCAGUUUGCAUUAAAACUGCUCCGAAAACAAAGACAAAAAGCUCUGUGCAAGGUGCUCUGAAGUCCUGACUUAGGGACUUCAAAGCAUAGCCAAACUGAGCAACCAAGCUGCAUUGCGUUAAAUAGCCCUGUUUGUAUCAGUUAACUGGAGCAAUGAGACAUUGAAAAACCCACUAGGACAGUAAUUGAGAACAAGCACAAAAUGGCAGUCUUCUCUAGAGAAGAAGAAUAAAUAACAUUAAAAUGCAGGCCUUCCUCUUGUUUCUUUGAUUAACAAAACAGGUGAAUGCUGUUGACUUCAGCUGGAUUACUGAGAGUGGCCAUGGGCAGGUGAAGAGAGAGUUAGACUUUGAUCCAGGAGAUUGGAGUUAAAAUUCCACCUCAGCCUUGGACUUGCUGUGUGGCAUUAGAAAAAUAACAACUUCAGUUUUCCAUCUCAGAACUUUAGUUUUCCAUUUGAAUUCUCCUCCGCCCCAGCAAAUACAGGCUGACCUCUAUAAAGGUAGCAAAUAAUAAAAAGUUGCAUGGAAGCAUAUAAGAAGCUGUUUUAUAUUGAGACAGACCAGCAGACAAUGUUCAGUAGAGUCAACUAGCUGCUGCCUAGAGCCUCAAGCAGAGGUCUUAAUGCAGUUUUGCUUCUUGAGUCAUCAGAGUUUGUGCCUGGUACCUUGUGCUUGCUAAUCGUGUAUCCUCUGCCCCAUGUAAAUGUUAAAUAGGCAUGGAUUACACCAGUUUAAACUUUCUGAACACAGCAACCUGGCUGUAUCUGCAAUUGAUUUGGUGUUGCUACAUGAUGUGGCUCUAUCUAGACUUGCAAAGUUUGGCUGUGAUUCCCAGUGUGUUUCGGUAAUUAAGUUAGAAGGGCUAGAGACAAACUUGGCAGCUUUCUUUUCAAACUUCUGCAAAGUAAGUUGUAGUGUUUCAGGGUAAAGCUGACCUUGUAUGUAAUACGUAAAUUGGUUUUAGGGUUUUCCUGCCUCCCUUCUAACACAGAUUGUGAUAAUUAUUUAUUUGGAGCCUUUGUGAAUGUUUCGUUUCUUUCAUGCUUCUCAGGAACAGGCAUUGACAAUUAGUCAUCCAUUUUUGGAGUUGUUCUCUUAUGCUCAGUUCACAUUACAAGCUUUACCUGAAUUUACUUUUCAGCUAUUUCAGAAACCUGGAGACAAUGAGUCCUACCACUCCAAAUCUUAAACUUCCAUUGAAUAUUUGUUGGCUUGAGUAAUUAAGAGAGAGAGUAAAAGAAAUUCAAAACAUGCUCAUUUUCCAAUUCAUCCUUGUCUGUGUAGUGAAAAGAAGGGAGAAACUAAAUUCUGGCAGACCAUUAGCAAGAAUGGUUGUUUUUGAUUAUACAUCUCUGUUGUAUUAGCAAGUAUAAUCUUUUUUAACAACAGGAAGAAAUGGAGGCACAGAGAGAUGACCAACUUGCCGUUAGAGAACAGAACUCAGUUCUAAAACUCUUGACACCCACUUACCUGGCUUCCUUUUCCUAUGUACUGAGAUUAAAUUUGCACUGAAAAAUGUAAUGUGGGGCAGUUCUUGGAAAUUAUGGUUUUACUGAUAGGAUAUCAGCUGCUUAAUCUGUGAUCCUUUGGUGGAAAAGACAUUAGCACUGCCCUUCAUAAUGUUCCAGAAUGCAUGUUUUUCCUACACAGAGAUUAAUCUUGCGCUUAAACUCAUGAUUCAUUAAGCCAGAAUCUCACAGCUGCUUAGUGUAAACUUUUUAAAACAAAAAGAUUAGGAAGUGGGCAGGGCUAUUUAUGGUAAGAACCUUAAACAAGAGUGGUUGAUAGAAUGCUAAAGCCAAUAUUUCUAAAUUUUAUAUAUUAGUUGGAAAGGACUUACACUGCCUACAAAGCUAGAUGAAAACCAAAUGUUACUUUACCCAGUAAUAACUUACCAGGUGCCAUCAUGCAACCUGAAUGCUCACUCCUACCACUGACUAAUGCCUGCCCCUGACUGUAUAACAAAAAACCCAGGAAUACAAUUCCUUAAACUGCACAGGCCUUUUUGAUCUUUGCUUCUGCUCCUACGUGUUCAGCUUCUCACAACCCGGCUACAUAUCUAAGUACCACUCAGAGCAUUUCCAGACUUCCUCUGUCUCUCCUUUUAAAAUAACCUUCUGGCUUUCAUCCUUGUAUAUGUAAUGGCAAACAUUUUGGAGACAGUUUCUUAUUCCUGCCACCACAUCACACAAACUCAUUCUGAUAGAUAUGUAUUGUGGUAAACCUGCCAUACCAGACAAACUGCAUACUAGACAAAACCAAAGCAAAUAACCAAGAAAUAGUGCCCAUUAUAUUUGAGAGCAACUGAGGUCCUUUCUGGAUUCCCAGGAAGAUAAUGUAAAGAAAAGCCCUUAAGCUGUGUUUUAUGUUGUCUGCAUUUUGUAUUGUACAAUUUUGCAAAAACAUUCUCGGUAUAAAAUGAGACAUUGCAUUAGAUGGAGUUUAUUGUUCUUGUUCCUCAGACCCCCCACUUUCUUAACCAUAAACAUUUCCCCUUAAUCUCUGAGGACAUGCUGUCUUCAGAAACUGUGUGACUGAACUUCCUAAAAUGUCCUAUGCUUCUUAGUUAUCAUACCCUGGACUUUUGAACUGUCACAGUUUCCACUAAUUCUCAAUUUUGUUGUCAUCUCUGAAGACAAGAGUCUAGGCAAGAGCUGAAUUUGUAGUGAAAAAUUGGAGUGGGAAAAGGAGGAGGAAGUAUGUUCUGGCUUCUUGUCAUAUCAUAAAUAAGCAAAGGUUGAGCGAGUCUAGAUCAAAUUGGUGGCAAUUACUUGUCACUGAUGUGUAAUAGCUAUUCAAUGUUUCAGUGCAAAGUUUGUGCUUUGUGGACAGUGCUUUGUUUGGUUCUUGGGCUUCUGAGGUUUUGAAAGUAUACCUACAUUGGCCAUUUAUUGGGACUGAUGCAGAUAUACGAAUGUUUAACUCAGCUUUACAUUCUUGUCAAUUUUUAUUUUUUUAAAAAGGGGGGGACAGAUGUUUGGGGGGGCGAUACUUUGGCAAUCCCAUCCGCCAUUGCACCCAAUGUGUUCUUACUAUACGCAAUUUUGGCUUUAGGAGCUUACUGUAAAACUUCCAGCAGGAAACAGGAUAAUCAUUUCUUUAAUGUACAUUCCCAAGCUCUUUUCCUUUUCUCCCUAAUAAUAGCUAGUGCUAACCAGAAUGUAUAAACCAUCUUCAAAUUCUGUAUUCACGUUCUGGUUAAGACUGAGAACAUUAGCAUUAACUUUCAUUGAAGCCUAAGGGUGGGAGGAAUUAGUGUGGCUAUCUGAAGUGAUCAGCUGGCUCCCUCUUACUAUUCCAACUUUAAUUUAUAGGGAAAAACUAAGUUUAGGCUCUCUUGGUGAUGAAAAUAAAGGUUGAAGAUAUGAGAGUAGUGUAUUUGAGAGGUUCAGUAACCAGAAGAAAGGCAGUAGUAUUAACCAUGUUUUGUUUUUACAUUCUGUGAUUUUGAGAGGGACUGGGAAUGCCAGCUGCCUUGAACUGCUGCAUCUAACGGAAAAACGCUCAUUCUGCUAAAGUAGAACUUGUCUGCCUUGAAAAGCCUUUUCACCUACCACAUUUAUGCAUUUGUUACCUGUGUGUGUGACUUACCUGUGGGUCAAGAUACAUUUCUAAUGUACAUCUUGGAGCUGCAUUAAAUGUGAUAAUCCAGAACAGAUGUAUAAUGCUGGAGAAGCACCACUGUCUUGCGAAGAUCUCCUCUCACUGGCAGAAUAUGAGGCGCAGCACUGAGUAUGUCUGUUUUGGUUUCAGGAAGCCGAGCGUAUGUUCUCUUGUCCCUGAGCCAGCAGGAUGGCAUUGAGCAGCAUAUGGAUUUUGACAGCCGCUAUACUCUCUUGGAGCUGUUUGCAGAGACGACAUCUUCCGAAGAGCACUGCAUGUCCUUUGAAGGCAUCCAUCUCCCUCAGGUACCUGCUGAUCUGGUCUGAUUCUGAUAUGGUCAGGAAGGGUUCCCUUGUGAAGACAGAUGGUUGAGAAUGCAAGGAUUUGAGUGCAUGUCUUAGAUGAGAUAAGAGUGGCAUGACCCAAAGACCGAGAUCAAGGAUGUUGGUUGGCUGGGGUAAUCCAGGGACUUGCCUAGUGUGGAGGUGGAGGGCAGUGGGUUUGGAGAAAGCCAGAACUCACAGGGGCAGAAACUUAUUUGGAAAUGGAGAUAUAAUACAGGAUGAUUUAGGGUCUAGCUUAACAAUGAGCUAGGGGAGAGCAUAAUUUUCUAGUUGUUGGCCUGAUUCGUUGCAUCUCUUUCAGAUUCCAGGGAAGCUGCUGUUUUCUCUGGUGAAGCGCUAUUUGUGCGUCACCUCCCUCAUGGACAAGCUUAACAGCACCACAGAACUGGGAGGGGAACGCCAAGACUGCGCAGCCCCCAGCGCAAACUUUGGGGAAAAGAGUCGGGUUCAACGGGAGUUUGACUUCAGCAUGGCCAUGGCGAACCUCAUUUCGGAGCUGGUGCGGGUCAUGGGGUGGGACCGCAGCCAGGAAAGGGAGCUUUCCCUCAGGGAGACGCAGCCUCAAGUCGUCCGCUCCAUCUUCCAGCCCAAGGGUUCCACUUGUACUGCUGUCCAGGUCCCUCUGGUCACCCCAAAGCCGUCGCCACGGAAAAAGCAAGGGCAGGGAUUUUUGACUUUGUCAGAUUUCUCCAACCGUAGCAGCUAUGUAGAGUAUGUGCAGGAGAACCUGAAGCCGGGGAUGACCGUGCGCAUGCUGGAAGACUACGAGGAGAUCAAUAUCGGAGACGAGGGCGAAUUUCGCCAAAGCAAUAGUGGGAUGCCCCCUGUACAGGUAUGUGGUUUGGAGAAGGAAGGAAGGAUGGAGCAGAGCAGGGGAAAGAAUUGGGGGGUGGAGGGGUGGAACUUGCAGUGUUGUUCCUCCCAGGACUCAGGGGUUGUUCUUUUGGGUGGAAUGGUUAAGUGGCAUUUAGAACUGCUGCAUCUUUCAUUGGUUUAAUCAUGGAAUGGGGAGGGGAUGUACUUCCUUAGAAGGAAGAUUUUUGAUUUGUUUUAUGUUCAUUUUCGCUUCAUGGCAGGAUGGCUGCAGGUCAGAAACUUCAGGCCAACUGUUUUGCAGCCCCCUACCUGUGUGAAAUAUGCCCUUUCCAUUAUUAAAGUUAUAAUGUUGAUUCAUGGGGUUAAGGUGCUCUGCUUGCUAUCUGCUGUUUGUUUGAAUGCUUAUUCUGUAUCCGAUUUUUGCCGGUUUGUACAAGUCAGAUUGUAUUUUAUUGUUUGUGUGUCUGGCCAAAUUACCCUUUUCAUGUGCCUGGCUAUCUAGCUCUGAAGUUAUAGUUAAAUAUUGUUCACCCUUUCCCUGAUUUCAGCAGUAUAGCUUCUUAUUAUCCUCAUUGUUUGUUCAGUCAAGCCUAUGUCCUCAGAUAGCCUUUAGGAAUGAUUUCUUGUCUGGUUAAUGUAUUCUGGUUUAAAUUCCAGCUUAUGGCUGGAAUACGCAUAGUGUAGGAUUGAAGCCACUUACCCUGCAAGACUGAAAUACUAAAUCAUAUUCAUGAAGCCAGUUUCAGUAUGCUUCAUCCUCUCAGAUUUAAACAUCUGAGCUUCAGGGUGUUGGAUCAUAAUUUCAGAAACUAGUAUGAGUAGCACUGGGGAUUUUUCCAGCCCUGAGACCACUUUAAAAGAAAGAGAGAGAAGGAGAGAGAGAGAGAAGAAAAGCUUAGGCUAGGUAAAGGGUUAUGUAUUACAUACUUAAGAGCCUUAGUAACCAUGAAAUCACCUGAUGAAGAUAUCUGAAUAUCAUGUACUUUACACUUAAUUAGUGAGGGUGCAUGAAAUUCCUAGCAUUGACUACAGGAAUAAACAAUUAUAAAUCUUCCAAAGUUGGGUACAAAUAACAGCAAGGGGAGUAGUAUAAGAAACUGUUGUUCAGUCUGAUAUCCAGUGAGUUAAAUGUACCCGUUAGCUGUCUUAACUUUUCAAAAGUUUUAUUAUUAGAGGAGGUGAAAAACAGCCAGGGGAGAGCUUUUUUGCUCAUAGCGCAAUAUAGAAGAAAUGUGAAGGUUCUUGUUUAAAAUGUAGCAAGUGAUGAAUAGAUGGAGAGAGAUUUAUUCUGUAACUGCCUUCUAGAAAUUGAAAAUAUGUUUGCAUUAUAGGGAUAUGGUGGAGUAAGCUGGAGUACGGAGCCAAGGAAAUAAUUCUUUCAGUAGCAGUUUGCUUUGCAGCAUGAACUUUGCCAAGGCCAGAAAAUAAUGAUGUUGCAAUAAUAUUGGAUAGUUUGAACAAGUAUUCAUUAAAGAGUUUAUGCACAGACACAAAAAUUGUAGAUAUUGCCUCAGUGUUGAAUAUCCAGAGGGAGAAUGAGAGCUGAAAUUACACCCUCCACUCUUAAGAUCAUCUAGAGUAGUGGGAAAGAUUUAGAACUGAGUUUUGCUCAUGCUGAGGAUGUUUUCCCUAUAAGGCAGCAUUUCUCAACCUGGUGCCCUCCAAGAAUGCCAUUUAGAGAUUCUCAUCUGUAGAGUGUGCCAGUGAACUGCAUUGGAAAGAAACUUGAACUUCAGAGGAACUUUCAACACAGUUCUGAAUUUUUCCUAAAAAUCCUAUGUUUGUCACAACAACAACAACUUCUUCUUCUUCUUCUUCUUCUUCUUCUUCUUCUUCUUCUUCUUCUUCUUCUUCUUCUUCUUCUUCUUCCCAUUUAUUUAUUACCACUAUUCACCCUAAGGCCACAGCAUUAAAACACAACAAUAAAAAUAGUUCAAAGCAAUUUAUAUUGAUGAAGGACCCCUUCAGUUAAGUCCAGUCACGGACAACUCUAGGGUUGUGGUGCUCAUCUCACUUUACUGACUGAGGGAGCCGACAUUUGUCCGCAGAAAGUUUUUCCGGGUCAUGUGGCUAACAUGACUAAGCCGCUUCUGGCGAAACCAGAGCAGCGCACAGAAACGGCAUUUACCUUCCUGCCAGAGCAGUACCUAUUUAUCUACUUGCACUCUGACGUGCUUUCGAACGUGCUUGAGAACUGCUAGGUUGGCAGGAACAGGGACCGAGCAACGGGAGCUCACCCUGUUGCAGGGAUUCGAACCGCCGACCUUCUGAUUGGCAAGCCCUAGGCUCUGUGGUUUAGACUACAGCGCCACCUGCAUCCCUCAUGAAGAUAAGGUGGGUCCUAAAAAUAUACACCUUAAGUGUCAAAAGCCAUGGCAAAGAGGUACAUCAUCAGCAUCCUCUAGAAGCUGUAUAAUGUAGGUGGAGAGGGUGUCCCACAGCUUAGGGGGCACCCAAGAGGCUCUGUAAGGAACGAGGCAGUGCUGCUGAUAUUUAAGGCCUGAAUCUACUAUAUAUGGCAGAUUCAGGCCUCAGAUAUCUGCAACACUGCCUCUAACACUGGAACAAUGCCGAUUGCACAGUUGUUUUGAUGGUGAUUGAAAUAAAAAUUAUAGAGCUGUUUGCUUGUAUAAUAGUCUACGUUUAGGUAUAACCAAGGAUACUCUGUCCUUCACCCAAACACUGGAUACUUUCUGAUUUUGAAGUUUCGUGUUAUUUUAUUAGAUAAUACACCCACACACCAGCCGCAUCUAGGCUGAUAUCAAAUCUGAAAUGUUGCUGGUAUAUUCAUAAGAAUAAAGACCCCAAGAUUAAGAAUCUCAUGCUCUACCAACUGAGCUAAAGGCGUUUCUGACUGGAUGCAUGUGCAUAAUAGGGAAAAGGAGGUUGGGGAGUGGAAGGGGUGUUGGCCAGGGAAUUCCAUGUACAGAAUACUGUAUGUGGGCGGCGAGGAUACAGCAGAGGACUGAAUGGUCCACAUGAUGUUCCUUCAGUUAUGUUGCUCAUUAUUUUGCUACAGAAGCAAGAUGAUACAUUUUGUAUUAACUCAACAUGUCUGGUGAGAAAGUUUGCCAGAUGAUAUGCAAAACAAGCCACCGCUUUUAGCAGAAGAUCAUGGGCUAAGCAUCUAGGCAAUUUAGGCUGUGGCAGCUGAGAGGCCUGGUAUUUGUGAGAUGCUAAGGUCACAGCUUGAAUGAAGAAGGAGUUGGCUGUAUCUGGCAGUUGCCCAUGACUUUUGGAUCUAAGGCAAGCUUGUUGAGCUUUGGUCUUCAGCUCAUCCAUCUCUUCUACUGAUCUUAAUCACUAUACUGUACUUGGUGCUUCAAAGACUUAACAUAGUGUUGUUCUGUGUUCAGGUUAUUUUUUUUCUUCAUAUGUUUGUAUCUUCAGUCCAGUUGUGAUAGUUGUCUCCUCUCCUCCCCAGUAUAUUUCUGCAGUAUUGUUCUGCAAAUAAUUCUUCAAUGGGUAGCUCCCCUCUUUAUGUUUGAGUCACUUCUUCUCCCCAUCCCCUCUUUCCUGGACUUUAAUGUGCAAGGAGGGUGUCGGGAGAGAGAGUUGGUAUUAGUUUUGAACCAUGUAGCUCAAGCACAAGGUUAAGGAGGUCUCCUCUUGAGUCUCCCUUUCAGCCUCCAUGCCCGCAAUGUACACUUUCUGGAGGUGUCUGUGGGAAAUAGAAUGCUGGACUUGAUGGGCCUUUGGUCUGCCUUGCAGAUUCUGUUAAGCUUAUCUCCACUACAGUGGUACCUCAGGUUACAUACGCUUCAGGUUACAGACUCUGCUAACCCAGAAAUAUUACCUCAGGUUAAGAACUUUGCUUCAGGAUGAGAACAGAAAUCGUGCUCCGGCGGUACGGCAGCAGCAGGAGGCCCCAUUAGUUAAAGUGGUGCUUCAGGUUAAGAACAGUUUCAGGUUAAGAACGGACCUCCGGAACAAAUUUAACCCAAGGUACCACUGCACUAGGGGACUAGGGGGAAGCAACCCUCACUCCUGCCCUAGUUAAACAGACGAGAGCUUAAUUAAAUAAGGAAGGCAUUCUACCACCUAAACAAUGAAAUUCUUGGAACAUUUGAGUGCAGAGAAUUGUCUGGCCAGUUGACAAUAUUUGACCAGCCAGUUAACUGGUGUGCCAGCCCUAGAACGGUAUUAAAUUAAUUCUGCCAAACGAAAUUAUAUACGAUGCAAAAAAAGGGCCACAGCUUGAUCCCUAUAACAUGAUCAAGGAUUGUGUUGAUCAUUGACAUAACUACGAAAUACGAUACGAUACGAUAUCUUUAUUGUCAUUGUCCCAUAUAGGACAAUGAAAUUGUAAAACUACAUAAAACAUCCAAAAACCCCGAAAUAAUAACAAUAUUAAAUAAUAAUAAUAAUAACUACCCCCUGUUCCCUACAUCUUUAAACUUGCUGCAUAAUGUAUGCACCGUUUGCCAGCUUUUUUGUUCUGCAUCUCAGAGCUCCCAUUAUGCAGCACAGAAGAUUUGGGCUGGAAGUUAGUUCUAACCCUGAAGUUCUGUUCAUCCUCACAGGUUUUGUGGCAGUCCACGGGCCGCACCUACUGGGUGCACUGGCAUAUGAUAGAGAUUACAGGCUCCGGGGAGCAGCCUGAAGAGGAGGCUGCCCAAGAAAAGGUCUCCAAUAUAACAGAGAACCUGCAGCUACACACAGGUGAGGUUAGAUGCACUGUGUGCAUUGGUAAACAUAUGCAUUAUUAUGGGUGUCACCUUUAUUGCUUGUUUUGCUUUCUUUCUACUUUUUAGAUAUAUUCCUUUAAUAAUGAUCACUAAAGAGGAAGAAUUGUGUUGCAGGCUUUGCUUUCUUAUGUCUGGCCACAAAAAUGAUUUAUCACAGAAUAAUUCAGAAUAUUUUCUUGACUAAAUUGACAUAUUUCCUCCUCCUCUUCCAGGAGCGCUACAGUUUUGUUUUCCUGUCUAGCUUAGCAGACAUCCUUUAUCUCUCCUCUGCCCUGUCCUGUAGCCAUUUGUGAGGUUUUUCCUUCAGGUUGUUCUUUUUCUUGCCCUGCUGUCUCCAAUUGUCUCUCUGUCUCGCUAAGACUUUUUCUUUCCUCCUUGCCUCCUGCUCCCUUUUCACGGUAAGAACCCAAUCAACCAUUCCUUGUUGCACGUUUUAAAGGUGACAUUAGCAUGGGUAACCUUAAAGUCAGGUUUCCUCAGCUGUGUCACAACACGUAGUCCAUUAGCCAUCGAGGUAAGAAUUGUUGGACAGAGCUAUAACAUUUAACCAAGCUUGGCAUCUGGGUGGUACCUUAUGACAAUUCCUGCUUGCACAUUUGUAUAAAACUUAAUAGCGACACUGGCUGCUAUACCUGAUAAGUUUGGAUGAAAAUCUCCAGUCUAUUACUUCUCCACCUUUCUUUAUGUAACUGUGGCCUGGUCAUUGGAAACAACAGAUCACUUCAUAAAGCUAUUCCUCCAGUGUAUCAUUGACACUUCUUGCAUACAGAAAACUUGCACACCUGGUUCUAGGCUACCGUGUAUUCUGUCACGCUAGGUUUUUAUGCAUAUGGAGUUUUUCCCCCAUAAGAAAGAAGCAUUCAUAUAUGUGACCCCUCUUGCGUGGUCUGAAGUGAUGCAGCAGAGAAAUACUUUUAUUGUGUGAUCCAUGUUGCAUGUAGACUCACCAUAUACUUAAACCUCCCUUUCCUCUCUUUAGCUUUACAUCUGCUAUUGCCCUUUUCACCAUCAACUCUCUUCAUCCACUGCGGUACCUUAUUCCCUGCCUUGGGAACAACAUUAGAUGGAGCUGUGGGCACAAGCAGUAGCCAAGCCGCUUGUUUAACUUGGACCUGAGUUUUCAUGUAUAUCAGGAGAGGGCCUAGGAGAGUUUGCUUUCUUUCUCUGCAUACAGUUACUAAGACCUUCUACUGCAAGCCACUCGGAGGACUGUACUCUCUACCAUACCUGACGGAUCGGAUGAAUGAGAACUCUGGGACGCUGAGCCGGGCUGAAUGGUGGGAGCUCCUCUUCUUCAUUAAGAAGCUAGAACAGCAGGAGCAGCAGGAAGUGGUCCAGUUCAUCCAGCAAAAUCACGAAGAGGUGGUAAGCAGAAUGAAUCGGGCAUGAGAAGAAAGAGGAGAAGCAUUGCUGCUGGGAGGAGGACACUGGAACGUCCCCUUCCUACUUACCAGAUCAUUGUAUCAAAAGUGUGGCCUGCCAGCCCGCAAGCUAUGUCCUCGCGGUUCUUCUGUGGCUGGGUCUCUUGGAGGGGUGGCCCCUGGACCUUCUGCUUCCAGUGGCUGUGGCUGGACUUGAGAAGCACAGUAUUUACAUGGGAGUCGGCAUAUAGUCAUACCUCUGGUUACAGACGCUUCCGGUUGUGUUUUUUCAUGUUACGGACUGCCGAAACCCGGAACAGGUUACUUCCAGGUUUCGGGGGCGUGCAUGCACAGAAGCGCUAAAUUGCGCUUUGUGCAUGCACAGACGUGCCGAAUCGUAACCCGCGUGUGCGCAGACACGCUGCUGUGGGUUGCGAAUGUGCAUCCCACAUGGAUCAUGUUUACAACCCGAGCGUCCACCGUACUUGUAACUGUCUCUUUUUAUUUCAAGGUGUCAGAGCUAGAUGAAGAGGGCCUGAUCCAGCUGUCGGUGUCGGUAGAGUUGGCUAAGAAGGUGCUGCAGCUCCUGAGCAAGUACUGCCAGGGCUGCACCUGCAGUGACCUGCAUAGCUCUCACGUCUAUCUCAAGUAUUCCUUCAGCAAAGGAGGGACAGAGCAGAACUGCCAAAACGCGGACGUUACGCCCCUGGAUUGUGGCGGCCUUUCUGAAGGCAUGGCGUCCAAAAAGCCAAAGAAGGAGUCGCUCUCAGCUGAAGUGCCUUCUCCAGCUCCAUCGGCGGCAGAGAAGACUGACACACAGCUGAUUAAUGAGCUCCUCAAAGUGGAAGGCCUUUCAUUUCCGGACACGUUGGAUGAAAAAGCCAAGAGUAAGUGUGCCAGACCGCAUCCCCACCUCCGUUCAUUUGGGGUGAAGUAACUGAGGGGGGCGGUUUGGGUUUCUUUUUAAUCCCAGAGAGACUGGUUGUGGGCUGAGGGAAGCUAGAAUGGAAAGUAAAGGGGCGUCAUGGUGUUUCUAGACAAGAGAGCGUUUGAAAUGGAGUGGCGACUUGUACUGAUCGGUGUUUUGAUCCUGGUCAGCUUUUUGCAGCCUCAAGGUGACAGGGAAGAGGAACUCACUGGAGAAGCUAGCAGAUGUUGUGGAUAUAAUCCAGAAAUCUAGUUCUGAGGUUGCGCUGCAGAUGGCUGGACUCAGAUUCAUCACCAAGAUCUUGGAGGAUGAACCUGGUCAAGAGAGACAAGUCAUCAAAGUGGACAGUGGCCCUUCAGUCAGGUCAGUUCCCUUCCCACCCCAGGCAGUAGCAGUAGGAGGGCCACUUUCAGUUCCACUGCUUUGCAGGAGAAGGUGCCUCGGGGGGGGGGGGGAAUAUGAACAGGAUGUUAGCUGACUGAUCUUUGGUAAAAUCGGUCUUUCUUUUUUCUUUUAAUAAGUAGAUUAUGGGUUAUUGCUCCUUGGGGCUGAUUCACAUGUUAAAUGGGUGAGCCUUGGGCACACACAUCCUUCAUCCUUCUCUUCUCCCUUCAUGUACUUCAUGGUUUAUAGCAAACCAGUGUGACUUCAUGGUUUAUAGCAAACCAGUGUGCUAUUCCAUCUGAGCCCACUGCAUUUUGUUUUUUAAUUUUUUUUAUUAAAUUCUCUGUUUUACAAUUUAAAAUACUCAUUUUACCUCCUUAAGAUAUCAUUUGAUUUCCCUUCUUCUCUUUCCAUGGUUCAUUUUACAUAUCAUAAAUCCCUGCAUAUUUUAUAAAAACUAUAUCAUUCAGUAUUCCAUUACUGCAUCCGUCAAAACUUAUUUGCACUGCUGAAUUUAUCUUAAUGCUGCCAGCGUUUUCAGCUGUACACAAUUAAUUUCCCACAUAUUCAAUAAAUGUUUUCCAAUCUCCUUUAAACAUAUGUUCUUCUUGUUCUCUUAUUCUACAUGUUAAGCCUGCAAGAUGUGCAUAUUCUGUCAACUUAAGUUGCCAUUCUUCUGUUGGGACCUCGCUGGUUUUCCAUUUUGGGGCUAACAAUGGGGGGGGGCACACUGCAUUGUGAGUAUACAACACUUUGCCCAGCUUUGAUAUAACAGCAAGCAAUGGUUUGUUGCACACCAAGAAAUCAGGAAGGCAGGGAGAGGGGUGGGAGCAUGACACAUGCGUAACACUAAACCAUGGUUUCACAUGAUGUAUGUUCUUUAAAGAAGAAAAACAACAAGAGCAUGUUUUAGUUAUCCCAGGCCUUAGAUAAUGCAGCGUAUAAAUCCGAAUAAAGUGCAAAAUGAAUUGGGUGUCCUGUUCCAAAGCAAGCUUAGUUUUUUAUAUGUGCGUUCUUCUGAAUUUGGGGCAGCUCUUUCCCUGGACUCCAGCUUCUCCUCGGGAGAGACUCGUGUCAGAGCGUAGGCUGGGGCUUCCUCUGCCCAACUGUGAGUGACCAGCCACCUAUAGGGUAUAACAGGGGCCUUCUUGUUGUCCUCAGAGAGAAAAUGGUGAAGAUGCUGGUGGAGCUGCUGAGCAACCAAGUGAAGGAGAAGCUGCUGGUGGUGAUGGCACUGCGCCUGCUUUAUGUGUUCAUGGCAAAGUACGAUUGGAGAGUUCUCUUUGCCACGGAAGGCGGGGUGCGUGCCGUGUUGGGCUGCAUGCAGGAAUAUCCCGCAUCAGCCUUGGUCCAGCAGGCUGGCUUAGCAGUAAGUGGAAUGUGGGGGGGGGGGAGGGUUGCCUGAUGGAGUAUGGAAUUGGGGGGGUGUUGGCAUCUUAUUCUUUAAGCAAAUGGAAUGAGGGAUUGGCAUGACAGAUUUAAAAAAACAACAUAUUUGCAGUGUAGCAAUAGUGUUAGUCUAUUGCGGCAAAAGCGGCCGGCAGUUUUGUGGCACCUUAGAAGCCUAACAUGAGAGUUUAUGCCAUAGUUUUUUUGUUUUUCGUUUGCCUUUUUAAGGUACUGUCAGACACUUGAAAAAUGUAUUAGCCUCUUCCUCGUGUUUAGAGCGAUGGACUAUGAAUAGUGGAUACCUGAUAAUAAUUGAUAAUAGGAUAACUUUUGGGAGUUAAUGGCGCAUAAUAAAUUGCAUGGAUAGCACACCUGCUUCUGAAAAGGUGGAUUUUUACACAGAUACCACUUUUGCCUAGAAGUUUACAUGUACUCCAUCAUAUUUGGUGACUGCACAGGUCUAUUUCAUCUGUUUGUAGAAAGUGUAACUUGUGUGAACAGGAGGGCCAGGAAGAAUCAAAAGCAUAUCCCCUAGCAUGUGGCAAAUGGGUCAGGGAAGCAUAUUGACCUGUGACAAGAGAAUGCCAAGCAAGGUUUUCUAGAGUUGUUCAGGAGUCGUUGCACUUGUGAGAAUGGGCCACCAUUCAAAAAACUGAAUUACAAUGGAAAGGGUGGGGGUUGCUAUUGCUGGGAAGGGCUUUUAACGUUUGCAAUCUUGAUUCCGUUCCUGCUUUUUGCCCUUCUAGGCCCUGAAAGUCCUGGUGGGUGCUGGGAAUUGUGAGCUUCUGGGCAGCAGUGGGAAGGCUAACCCUCUGAACCACUCAGAUGCCCAGAUGAUGCGGGAGAUCUUUGCUAGCAUUGGUUCUGCUUCCGGCAAGGAUUCGGAUAACUUGCUCUGUGUCAUCUGUACAGCUAUUGAGAAGAUGUUGGGCACACCUGGGUAAGCUGAAAAGGGAUCCUUGGCAAGAUACUGAUAGGUUAACCAGUUAAACUUAAUUGAGGCUAAGGAUAGCCCAGUGUGUGGAGAUAAUAUCCCCUUGAUCAGUAGCAGCUGGUGGGGCAGAAGGCAGGGAGACCAGCAGCAGAUGGAGCAUGAGCCAAUCAGAGCCACCCUCACCUUGGUUGGCUGUUGCAUAAGAUGGUAGGAGGUGAGGCUGGCUGAGGUUGCUGCCCCUGUUUCUAUAGAGCAGAGUUUCCCAAACUUGGGUCUACAGCUGCUUUUGGAUUACAGUUCUCAUCAUCCCUGACCACCAGUUCUGCUAGCUAGGGAUGAUGGGGGCUGUCAUCCAAAAACAGCUGGAAACUCUGCUACAGAGCUUCUGGAGUGAAAUAAUUCUUUUGGAGGAAUCUAAUUAGUAUGCCAUGUUCUUAAUAUAUGGUUGACAUACGUCUGGAGUUUCCCGGACAUCCAUUAAUUUAUUUGUAUACCACCCUUCAUCAGAGGCGGAGGAAGGGGGUACAGUGGGAGCAAGCCGCCCCGGGUGUCACCACUGUGGGGGGUGACAAAAUGCCGGGCGGCACUCACCGUGGGGCCUGCAGUGCACUUGCAGGCUCCAUGCUGCCUCAAAUGGCCCACCCGCCCCCUCCCCCUCAGCUGUAGGGCGGCUGAGUGGGAGGAGGCAGGCAGACUCCUUGGAGGCCCUGUGGAGCAUCCUGCCCUGGCUGGCCCCGCCUCUGGGCGCAGAGCACGUGCGCCGCCCCAGGUGCCUGAUUGGCUUGCUCCGCCGCUGCCCUUCAUCUACAGAUCUCAUGGUAGUUCACAGCAUAAAAGCACCGUAUAAAAGCCACAAAAUAUAGUAAAAAUAAGAAAAACAAACCAAUAACCUCCCCUUGCACAACACAUUUAAAAGGACAUUGGAUGUCGAUCAACCAGUCUGACAGACGUCUUAUUUGCUGUUGUUUGAAUUGCUAGCUUCUCUGGAGCCGAUCAUUGCUGGUCUUGUAUAGUGCUGUUCAUUCGUUCUUGAAUAUAGUCUCUAAGGUAAUGCCAGUUGGGGCCGGACAGUCACCCUCUGCUUGCUUCUCCUUUUCCCAGGGCUUCAUCAGCAGUGCAGAAUGGACUCUUGGUGCUGAACAUGCUGAUCAACCAUCACAAGGGCCUGGCGGAGCAGCUAGGAAACUCUGACCUCCACGCCAUCCUGCAGAGCUGCUGCCGAGCUGGCCAGAGCUCCAACGAGAUCCUGGCUCGGAUAGUGCUGAAGAGUCUGGCUGAACAUAAGUUGCCACUGAGCCAGGAGAAUGCAGGUACGCAUGGCACUAGACCUACAGUUUCUGAUCCUUAGUCCCCCUUUGCAAUUUAAGUAUCAAACUGCAAAAGGCUUAGUUUCACUGGAUGAUGCGGGACAGAAAUCUUCCCAGUGCUUCCACGAGGAAGAAUCCAUUUCUAAAAAUGAGUUGUUUCAUAAAAUUUGUUAGUAACAAUAUAUGAAUGCCAAUACAAUAUUAGACAAGCUUGGCUCAAAGUUGUAAUUAGUUUUUUUCUCUCUCCAACUAAUUGUCACUAUGAAGUGUCUGAGGGAGUAAGUAGGGAAGAAUUCAAUGUCACGUUGAGACAAUCAUGCUAUUUCAGCUUGCCAGACGGAACAAUCCACCAUCUGUCAUGCCUCAUGUGCUGUUCUGGGGGAUCUCACACACAUCCCAAGCCAAUUCAGGGGCUGCACAGUGGAAGGAAUGAGGGGGAAACACCAUAAUGCAAGCGCAGGGCUUCUACUGAGAAGGGGACCCAUAGACAGGGUAAACCACAAAUGCAUAUCGGCCCAUAUCCAAAGUCGGUCAUAAUUAGAGCAGAACUAUUGAAAUCAGUGGACUUGGGUUGCUAAUUUCCAUGUGUCUCCUCUGUGUAUGACUAACAUUUAAUACCAUUCAGUAAUCCCAAACCAAAAGUUACACAAAGUGAUCAAUUCAUCAGUGAUUGGCUGCGCAGGUCGAUUCAUAAUCAAAGCCAACAUUCUUACUUCAUCUCAACCUGCAGCUGAAAGCAAAACCAAUGCUGUGAUUAAUUCUCGUUUCGUUUUCAACCAACGCACAGUGUCAGUAUCUCAUUUUUCUUUUAUGGAGCCAGGGAAAUUGUUUAUGUAUAGACUCACUUGGGGGGACGGACACUUUAUCGAAAGAGGAAACUGGUUCAAGUAAUUCUGAAUAAGAUCUGCCUCCCUCUAAUGGGCGGGGUUCAUAAUGGUAGUGCAGUUGUCACUCUGCCCCCUCCCCCCAACUGCUGAUACCACUGGACGGGAUUCACCUAAUGAGCCCCAUCAGUGAAAGCUCUUCAGAAGGAUUUCUGCUUGCUCAGCUGGGCUUCCUGCCCCUCCCUGCGCCCCAAGUUGGCUUCGGUGAGGACUGCAAGACUAGUGUAUGGCGAGGGAGGGGGGAUCACUCCACCCAGCAAGCUGAAAUGCUUGCAGAGAGUGUGAUAUUGAAUUCCACCCAGUGUGUAUUCUCACAGCAUAGACCAUUAACCUUUUACAUUGAACUAUAUAUAAAGCCCUUUAUACAUUUUUACGAUAUAAACUUUUGCCUCGGAGGUGAUUGCUCCACAAGCCUUUUGGAACAACAUAAGAGCAGAGGCUACUUUUUAAUUUUGUUUAAUUUUUUUUCCUUCUGGAAACCCCUACAUCACUGACUUCAUUUCCGUCAAACUCUGCCUUGUGCUACUAGAAGGUGUAUGCAUGGAAUGCCUGGUCUCCUUUGCCUGCAAAUUCAAGCAAGGUCUUCUGUACUUAACCUUGGAGAAGAUUGGUCAUGUGCGUUUUGCUCGCUUACCCUUCUGGAACCCAGUGUACUUGGGCCUUUCAUCCAUAACCCUCCUUUCCACAGUGAACUGCUGGUGUUAUGACUCUUUCUCUCUCUAGGAGAGUGAAAGAUGUGAGGCUUAAAACCACCAGCAAUUCCUCAUGUGGCUUUUCUAAUCGUACUCAACAAGGCAUGAUCACCAACUAAGAUUCUUCCACGACUCAUUUCAGGAGAGUGCCAUUCUAAUUCACAGGGAUCCUAUCCUCAUCUCUCCUUUUCUCCCUCCCCAGAGUCUGAGACCUCCUUUGAGCUGAAGGACAUGGAUGUCCCCACCCUGCUGAAAAACCUCCAGGAGACCAACUUCUCCAAGGAGGUGGUGCUAGCCCUGGAACGCUGCCUUUGUGAUGAGGGUGUCUGCCCCGAGGGCAAUGGCACCGAGCUUUUGCCAGACCGUGAGCACUUCUUGAUGUUGAUGAAAACCCUUGAACAGCUGGGAGCCGAGAAGACUGUGCAGAUGGGCAUGCUGAGGUGAGCUGGAAAAGAUGGAAGCGCGGCUGUGCCUGGGUCGGAGGCUGCAAAAAUGGUGGGGCAUGUCUUGUCAUCGGGUGGAGAGGGAUGCUACAGAAGAGUGUUAAGGCAAAUUGGAUGCUGGGAGACCAAUGUCCCUUUAGUAAAGGUAAAGGGACCCCUGACCAUUAGGUCCAGUCGUGGCCAACUCUAGGGUUGCGGCGCUCAUCUCGCUUUAUUGGCCGAGGGAGCCGGCGUACAGCUUCCGGGUCAUGGCGAACCAGAGCAGCGCACGGAAAUGCCGUUUACCUUCCCACCGGAGUGGUACCUAUUUAUCUACUUGCACUUUGAUGUGCUUUUGAACUGCUAGGUUGGCAGGAGCAGGGACCGAGCAACGGGAGCUCACCCCGUCGCGGGGAUUCAAACUGCCGACCUUCUGAUCGGCAAGUCCUAGGCUCUGUGGUUUAACCCCAGCACCAUCCGCGUCCCUGUUGGACUUGGAGAGUUGUUGUCUAAGCGGGCAUCAUGUAUGCGGGGCCUACGUUUAUAGAUUUUCAUCUUCUGGUAGGUGUGGAAACCUGUGCAACUUCUUAAAACUUGGAAUCCAGGGAUUUAGGACUCCGUGAACGGGGAGGUUCUCCAGCAGAGACAAUGUAGGGAAGCUGUAGUCCUUCAGACCGCAUGUGAAGGAACUAAGCAGAGGACACCGGUGUUGAGAGGUGGCUUUUAUGAUCAGAAUUAUGAGGGAGAAUGCUUGGUGGGUUGCUGUGGCUGUUGCCAAUCAGUUCUGGGGGAUUCUCAAGGCAAUCAUGUGCUAUUACGGGGGUGGCAUUUCUUGUAGGAGUUGUAGUGAGCUUGACUUGUGGAGGAGUCUCCGUUCUAUAAGGUUCCCGAGCAUCUUAAAAGCAAAAUGAAAAGAAGAAUUGUCUUGCUUUAGAAAGAGAGACGUUAUUAGAAUGGACUCUUGAGCUGCAGGGGCAGCCCUGUUGCACUUGGGUCCAAGUCAAGGCAGAACUUGCCGUUUCCCCUCUUAAACGUUUUCUGUUUGUUGCAGGAUUUUGAAUAAGUUUUUGGACAGUACCCAAGAGGAUGCACUGCCCUGGCAUGAGUGCAUUGAGCCCUGCCUGUCCUCUCUGAGCGCCAACAGCAAUGACCGGGAGGUGAGGGACUCAAUGGGUAUAUGGCUUGAAAUACUGAAAGCAGGAGGGGCUGGUGCGGUGGAAGUCGUUUGAAGAUUGUCCAAGAUGAAGAAUAAGAUUGGGCAUCUGUAUUGUAUACUAAGAUGUAAAUCCCUAACCAAAUUUAGUCAACAAAAAGCAUUUUUUUGCCCUGCUAGAACCUCACAUUUCAAGCUUAGAAGUGUGUUGGCGAAGCUCAUGGCUUCAGCUCUGCAGCCGGGGCAGCUGAGUCACCAGGGAUGGGUGUUCUGGGACUGGCAAAUGUGCAUAUGGAUAAAUAAACCAAGCCAGUUGCACCUCAAUUGUCAAUCAUUAUUUCAGUCCAUCCUUUUAAACAGUUGCUCUCCAGGUCACUUUAAGCAACCAUAUGGGGGAGCUUUACAAAAAGCUGGGCUUCCUUUGCCUUUCUUUGCUAGGCCUGUGUGGUCAGAAUGGACUUAAAAUAAUAAAUGUCUGUUUUGUGGCUUGAAACCUCUGAGUUUGUGUGUAAGUAAGGCUGCUAGACUGUCAACUUGCCCUGGCAAAUUCAAGGAAUAUAAAAACUUAGCUAAAUGAAAGCAAGUAGCUGAUUUGGUGGGGCUAACCCAAAAGACCAGACAUGCCUGUGGAACAAAAAUACAAGGAAACCCCCACGAGGAAGGUCCUAGAGCAGGAAUGAGGAACCUGUGACCUCCCAAGGACUACAACUCCAGUCAUGCUGGUUUGGGGCUGAUGGAAGUCCAACAACAUCUGGAGGCUACAAGCUCUCCAUCCCUUUUCUAGGGAGCUUGUAAUCCAUUCUUGUAACCACCUUGCACCUCCCUUCCAGAAGCAGGAAACUGCUCAAGAUGAGUCUUAGUGUGCUUCUGUGUGGUCUUGCACCUUGGUCUUCUACAAGAUCAAAGUCUGUCCAUAGAUUGAAUAGUACUAACUGGGGCACCGUCUUCCUUCACUAAACUGAAAGCCAGAGUUUACAGAACUGAAGCUGUGCUAGAGUGCAGUGGAGCCAGAAACCCACAAGCAUGUAGAUGCAUUUGAAGCCAUAGUCUGUUGACUUCUGGUCUGACAGCUUUUUCCCAAAGGGGGAAAUUUGGAGACGAAGCCUUAGCCCACCUGGGGAAUAUAUCAGGAGACAGCUUAAAGACGGGAAUGGAGUUGCAGAGGAUGGCUGUGGCUUCUCCAGAGCUGUUCAGAACGUUGUUGAAGAACCCAGCCCUGUGUCCCACCAUUUUCUCAUUGCUGUCUUCCUCAUCUGUAGGUUGUGCAGGAGUUCAUUCGCUUCCUGCAUCGCCUGGCCACCACAAACAAAGACUGUGCCGUGGUGAUGAGUCGUGUGGGCACAAAGGAGGCGCUCACCAAAGCGAUGGACAGGUACAACUCCAAUCUGCUGCUAGUGACGGAGCUGCGUGACCUGGUGACCGACUGCGAGAAAUACGCCAGCCUUUAUAAGAAGAUGACCACCAGCAUCCUGGCUGGCUGCAUCCAGGUGACUCUGAGACCAGGGUGGGGUAAUGAGGCUUGGGGUGGCUGGCCAGGUAACAGGAGGGAGGGCAUGGAGUGUCAGCAACCUGGCCAGUUAUGUCUGGUAAACCAGAGGAGGUCAGCCUGAGAUUGGUGGUCCUCUUUUGAAGCUCUGGGGAUCUGUUCUCUUCUCCAUCCCCCAUAAUACAUUUGACUGGCUGCAGAUGGUGGAGCUCCCCUAAAAAGAUGCUUGGUGAAUUUCUAGGCUCUCUUCAGCAGUUUGGGCUACUGAAAUUGAAGGGAUCAAAAGCCAAAUACUUUGUCCUGAUCAUGUCUUGAGCUCUACUAAGAAUGCCUCUGUUUGUUCCUCUGCCCCUCUUGCUCCGACAGAUGGUUCUGGGUCAGAUAGAGGAGCACAGGAGGAGCCACCAGCCUAUCAACAUCCCUUUCUUUGACGUGUUCCUGCGCAACCUUUGCCAGGGUGAGCGACUCAUUUGGGCAAGGAAGCAAGUGGCGGCUGCAUUGGUGUGAAGCCUGAUCCAAUUCAACUUUGCUUUUUGGUCUAGGUUCCAAUGUGGAGGUGAAGGAAGACAAGUGUUGGGAGAGGGUGGAAGUCUCCUCAAACCCCCACCGAGCCAGCAAGCUGACAGAUAGGAACCCAAAGACAUACUGGGAAUCCAAUGGCAGCACUGGCUCUCACUACAUCAAUGUUUACAUGCAUCGUGGAGUGGUGGUCAGGUGGGUCCUGGUGGGGUUCACUGAGGAAUCUCUUUGCCCAGGUUGGGUUGGGGGAUUUCCUAGGCAGCAAAGUAAGGGUGGGCUUGAGUGCGUUGGUGCAGUUGGCACCUCUAAGGUUUUAGGGAGAAGCUCACCUGGCUGCUUGGUUUUCUUUACGAGCGAUUCUCGGGGAACAGAGGUGAGAACUGUGGAUAUUUUUCAUGCCAGGCAUAUUGUGAAACGCUUCUGGCUUUCAGGGCAGAUGACCUCACCAGCUUUGUGAAGGGUGCUGGGAUUCUUCCAGGGGUUUAGCUUGAACGCUUGUUUCUUUCCUCUCCUGGUGUAGGCAGAUGACUCUGUUAGUGGCCAGUGAGGACUCCAGCUACAUGCCAGCCCGGAUCGUGGUCAUGGGAGGAGAGAACUCUUCCAACAUCACUACCGAGCUCAUUACUGUGAGUGCUGCAAUCUUUCUGUAAAUCUGUACUGCUCUGGCCAUGAACUUCAGGUCAGAAGGGCUCACAUUUGAAAGUUAUUUCACCAUAUUGCUGCAAUCUGGACCCAAAUUAUCAAUAUUUGACAUAGAGCAUGUAUCUGUGUUGAAUUGCCUGACACUGGAGUGAUUUCCUAUUGGAGAUUUCCUAUUUCUACUGGACCUGCCUCUUGCCUACCUGCCUUUCCUUAUUUCCUAGUGGCUAUUCUACCCUUCUUCCCAUCCCCAGCUAUUUUUAGGGGUAUAUUAGAAAUUACAUCAAUGAGCAGGGAAAGAUUUAGCUUGCCUUAUUGAUAAUGCAGAAAAAUGAAGGAGGUUUUCUCCAUUGCAGAAGACAUAACAUCUAUUGAGAGGAUCGUCUCUUUAAAUCUCUCUUUCCAUUUCUGUCCUAUGGAGCAGCUUCCUGAUCUCCCUAAAAGCUGCCUAUGUACCUUUGCUGUGGUGUGAAUUGUUUGGUUUUACAUUCUCUACAGUUGUAGUGAGAAGGGCUCUGGUUCUUUACAUCAACGGGGGGAACGCAGAGAAGAAGGGUGUGCACAGGGGCAGGGGGCUGGAUUGUUAACUGCAUUAGCACUUCUAGCUCAAGGUGAGACUCUGGCUCUUUUCCUUACAGCUGAAUGUCCUGCCAUCAGCCAGCAGGGUGGUUCUUCUGGAGAACAUGGCCCGCUUCUGGCCCAUCAUACAAAUCAAAAUCAAGCGUUGUCAGCAGGUAGGGAUGUACAGUGGAACGGAGAGGAGCUUUGAUAUCCUGCACAAUUAGUUUCUGCACAUUAAUAGGGCAUUUAUUUUGAAUUCCCAAGCUCGCCCAUCCGCACACCUUCUCUCAAAAUAGCAUUAGUGUUUCUGGAAUAUUGCAUUUUCCAAGCAUUUGAAGGAUUGAGAUCCGUACCUGAGAAAAUGCAGCGCUUCUCAAGGAGGAAUAGAUUUGUCGUAAUGACAUUGUGGAAUGUUGUUAAUGCGAGUGCAGAGGGUAUAGAUUGUGAGACGACAAGUGACAAAUAAACAGCUUAACACUUUGUAGCUUGGUCACAUUCUGAUAGUUUUUCAUGGAUGCUGCACUGUUUUUUGGAACUUUUUUGGUUCGCACAAACAUUUUGCAGCUCCUUUACAGCACAUCUCAUAUGCAGAAGAGCAUGGCUAUCUUUCAAAAGACAAAGAGCAGCUACUACAUAAAAGAGUGUAAAACACAGUACUCUUCUGUGUUAAGUGGGUGGAAUAUGGCUCUCUUAUUGUUAUACCAUAACUUGGAGAAAUAUGUUCAUGAGUGUGGGUGGGCAAACUUUGAUCAUAUGGAAAUAGCGAGUUCCUUCUUUAUACAUAACACAUUGCCUUAUUGGAGAAGUCCAUGUCGUUCUCAGGGGGGCAUUGACACUCGCGUGCGUGGCAUCGAGGUGCUGGGCCCCAAGCCCACCUUCUGGCCCAUCUUCAAGGAGCAGCUGUGCCGGCGCACGUACCUCUUCUACACCACCAAGGCGCACACCUGGUGCCAGGAAAUCUCGGAAGACCGGAUGCAGCUGCUGCAGCUCUUCAACAGGUCUUGCCCUUUCCCUGGGGCCGCAGGUGGGGAGGGGCAGGGUGUCCUGCGGGGCAGGGAGGGGUCUCCCUCUUGCGCUGGGAAGGGGGUCCACAUUCCCAGCCCUUCCCACGCUUACCCCAAGACAGGGUUUCCCAAACUUGGGUCUCCAACUGUUGAUGGAUUACUAUUCCCAUCAGCCCUGAUCAUACGUCCUGCUAGGGAUGAUGGGAGUUGUAGUCCAAAAACAGCUGGAGACCCAAGUUUGGGAAACCCUGUCGGAAGAUAUCCAUCCUGCUCCUCCCCCCCCUUCCAUCUCAGUAAUAAUAAUAAUAAUAAUAAUUUUAUUAUUCAUACCCCACCCAUCUGGCUGGGUUUCAUGUUGUUCAAGCUCCUGCCCUGCUUUGUCCCGCACCCUGUGCAGCCAUUGCUUCUCAGCCCAUUUGCCCCUGAGCUCCAAAGGCCUCCAAGCGUCGCCCAAGUCAGCAGCUGACCCUCCACCCCUUUGCCCUUUCAGGUUGAACAGUGCCUUGCGCCACGAGCAGGUCUUUGCCGACCGCUUCCUUCCCGACGACGAAGCUGCCCAGGCCCUGGGCAAGACCUGCUGGGAGGCUCUGAUCAGCCCGUUGGUGCAGAGCAUCACCACUCCAGGUAUGGCAUCUCCUUCCUGGCACAAGUCCUCAGGAGCCACACCCUCCCCCCCAACCCUCUCCCACCAGCCCACCGUGUUUACUCAUUCCAGCCCUCCAGAUACCACCGGCAUCAGCCCCCGUUACUGGCUCCUGAGCCAAUACCUGGAGAACCUGGAGGCUUCCCGGAGCAGCAAAAGCCGGGCGGCCAUCUUCAACUCUCGCGUCCGGCGCCUGAGCCACCUGCUGGUGCACGUGGACUCCAGCAGCCCUGAGGCCGAGGAGCUGAAGCCCCCCGUGAAAUCCAGUGAGUGUCUCCCUGCUUGGGCAGUUGGGCAGCCCAGGAGGGGCAGGUCCCCUUUCCCAAUUGAAGGGGGGAAGGUCGCCGCAGAGGAGCCUCUGGGGGCCAGGCAGACCUUGGCAGGAGAGCAAGAGUGUCUUUGGCGUCCGGGGCUGCAAGGGGGGUGGCGCUGGAGGAAGAACUGGGGAGGGAGGAGAGCCCUCAAGGUCCCGUAUAGUCAGAAGUGGGUGCCUGGGUGCUCCGGUCCCCGUGAAUAACGCCGCACAACCCCCACUUUGCAGACGGGAAGAACGGGAAGAACAAAGAGUCGAGCUCUGGGACUGUCAAGGCAGCCGUGAAGAAGCCCAGCAGCACCACUGGCAUCACCCAGUGCUGGAAAGGGGUGGUCCAGCAGCAGGUAGGGGGAGCAGAGGACCAGGCGCGAAUGGGGGUGCCAAGCAGGGUGACUCUCCAUUGCUGCAAACAGAUGUCUUCCUGGCCACGUCUUCCAUGGCAGACCAUUCACUAGUCCUGCUGCGUUGUUCUCACUGUGUCUGCAUGCAGCUGCUUCCCUGCCUAUUAAGGAGUUACUGGGAAGGCAGCCUUGGGGAGAGCUGAGGCUGCAGACUCUCCCAGGAAAGGGGGUUUCCUGGCUCCAGGCUCUACGUGGUGCUGCUAAAUUAGGUGGGAGCCUCGUUCUGAUUUUGACACUUCUGCCCCAGUUCUAGUCACAUGCCCAGACUUUCCUGACGACUGACAGCCAAUCAAAAGAUGAGCUAAAGGGUGUUUAGCGCUACCCAGGACAGGCAACCAGCCAGGCAUCCCUGCCCGCAGGAAGACUUCCAGGCAGGCCCCAGGGAGCCAGAGAAGGGCGUGUGGGUUGCUCUGACCCUGUUGUGCUCCUGCCGUCCCUCUGCCCAGGUGAAGCUGUUCCUGGAGUCCUCCUGGCAGGCCCCGGACUUUGUGGAGCGCUACUGCAACACCUACCUGCGCCUCCGCACCGCCAUGGAGGAGCUCUUUGGGCAGCAGAUGUCCUUCAUGUUGGCCCUGUGCCACGGCUUCUCGGGGGGUCUGCUGCAGCUCUCCUUCCUGACAGCCAUGCAUGUGAGUAAGGGCAGAAGGGGGUGGGGGGCACGGCCUAGUCACGGGGGAGCUCAUUUGCAGGAACUGUCCCUCUGACACCCCCCCCCCGGCUCUGCAGGCAGCCUGGCCUUGCCCCUUGCACUUCCAGGGAUGUCAGACGUGGCCUCAUCUCAGAGCCUGCUUGGCUCCCCUGGCCUGAUCACAGAGCAGCCAGCCUCCCCCUCUGGGAUCUUCCCCAGAUGCCUUGUCCAUCCCCUUGCCUGGAGGCGUUGCUGCUGGUUUGAGGGAGGAAUCCCCUCCGCCCCCCUCGCCCCCCCUCCCUUCAUGGAAGCUCCACCUGCUUCUUCUCCCGGCUUCAACUGGUGCCUCUUGCUCUGUGGCCAACAGGUGAGUGAGCAGUUUGCCCGCUACAUCGACCGGUGGAUCCAGGAGAGCUGGGCGGACUCUGGCAACGUGGAGACUUUGCGGCGCCUGCAGCAGAGCCUGGAGCCCGUCCUCUUCCUGGCAGGCCUGGAGUUGGCCAACACCUUCGAGCACUUCUACCGGUGAGGAGGCCUUCGUGGGGCAGAUAUGCGGAAUCGUAGUGGGGAGGGAAGGGCCAGAGAUCAGGGGCGAGAGCAGCUGCCGUACAGGUAGAAGGUCUUGGGUUCAGUCUCCAGGAAGGAGGGAGAUAUUCCUGCCUGAAGCCCUGGAGCCACUGCCAGUCAGUGGAGGGACCAAGGGACCUGGCUCAGUCCAAGGCAGCUUCCCAUAUUCCCAAGGAGCUGCUUAUCACGUUGUUCUGGGAGACGGCGCAGGCGUCGGGCAGGAAGUGGUGCAGCCUGUUCCUGGCACUUCCAUAAGGAAGAAUGACUUGAGAGCACCAGUUCAGCUGCUGGGUUCCUUCCUCCCUUCCUCCCUUCCUCCCUUCCUUCCUUCCUUCCUUCCUUCCUUCCUUCCUUCCUUCCUGGGUCUCUUGUCCGUGAGGCUGGCCUGCCCUGCAGGAGGAGCGAGGGGGGUCUGGGCUGAUGGGUCUUCCCUCUCUGCUUGCGCAGGUACUACCUGGGAGACCGGCUCCUGUCUCAGGGCAAGACGUGGCUGGAGUGUGCGGUGGUGGAGCACAUUGGGCUCUGCUUCCCCAACCGCUUCCCCCAGCAGAUGCUGAAGAACCUGAGUGAGCUGGAGGAGCAGCAGCAGCAGUUCCACCUCUUCCAGCUGGAGCAGCUCGACAAGCACCUGCUGGAACUCGACCAGGACGGGAACUGGGAGGCGGAGGAGGAGAUGGAGGAAGGCGAGGUGAGAGGCGAAGGAGGGACCAGCAGGGCAGAGCCCCAUCCCUGUGGACCAUGCAGGAGGUCCUCUGCCCCCAAGGCCUUUUCUUCCUCCGCUGACACUGCCUGGGCAGCCCCCACUGUCCGCCAAAGCCACAGACCUUCUGUAUUUCCCCAGAUGGUGGAGGCGCAGCAGCUGUUCUCUCGGAAGGAAGAGGCCGAGGUGAAGGUGCUGGCGCUGUCUCCACGCUGUUGGACCAUCUCCUCGUUCUGCUACCUGGAGGAUCCUGCCAGGUUCUUCCCAGAAUCCCUCAGUCAGCACCUGAGCAAGUUUGCUGACUUCUACACCCAGAGUGAGUGCCAGGCUGUUUUUGAGCCCAGCCCUGCCUCUCUCAGGCUGAGUUUCUGGGGGGCAGGUGGACCCCACUUUGACCCAAGACUCUGAACUUGGAAAUGAGAACCAUCAAACUAUCUAUAAAGAAAUGAUACAAACCUUCGCAGGGAGCUGUGAGUCUUUAAACCAUCCUUUGAGAGAGGCAGCAUUAAGAGUUUCAUAAUCUUUGGGAAAUCUGGCUAAUCUACAGAACGUGGGAUGAGACAAUUUGAAAAACAACAAGAUUUGUGUUUUGUUCAUGCUUCUCCAACCCCAGUAUUGUGAUAUCCUGUCCUUGAGCAGAGAGGCAGAGAGAGUGCUGCCCGUCUUGCCGCAGUAUUUCUCCCUGACCGUUGCCUUUGUCUUUCUCAGGUCAGAGCCGCUUUGGGCUGGAGCACACCAAGCCGCGGCGUUUGCAGUGGACGUGGCUGGGCCACGCGGAACUUGAGUACCAGGGCUGCCUCCUGCACGUCUCCACCCUGCAGAUGUACAUCCUCCUCUGCUUCAACACUGCCGAGGUCUGACACUCCCUUCAUCCCCACUUGCUUGCCACCAGCAGGGCAUAUUCCGUGACUUAGAAGCAGUCACCCUCUGAAUUUUGCACAGCAGAGUUGAAAGUCCUGCAGGGUGGGAACUGAUCCUUGCAGAUCUCAAGGAUCCUCACUGGGACCCAGCCCCUGUUAAGCAAAUGCUGGAUGUGCUCUGACGGGAGGCACUUUGCUUACUCUGCAGAUCCGUUUAGCCUGCCUUUUGUCAUAGAGCCAGGAUCUUUUGUGCAUGACUAGAGUGGGGAUGGUGGGAAGUUUGGGGUGGAAUUAGAUCAAUGGCACUAGAUUAUAGAAUUGUAGAGCUGGAAAAACCUCAAGGGUCAUCUAGUUCAAUCCCCUGCAAUGCAGGAAUCUUUUGCUCAGCAUGGGACUCGAACCCACAACCCUGAGAUUAAGUGUCUCUCCCGAUUGAGCUACCAAGGUGGAGGGUGUUCACCAGCCUGUGUUCAGCCAGAUAGCUUAUCUGAUUGAGGCUGUAGGUGGCUUCUGGAUCCUGUUGCUGAGAAUUGAGCGGCUGCAGGCAGUUGUUGCCCGAAUUCAGUGAAAAUGUUAAGACCUACAGAAUUGGUGAGAGCUUAAGGUUACAUAUUCUGAGACAGACAGCCAAGAAUCUUUCACCCCAGAGCCUCAGCACUGCAGUUUGGGGCUUGGAAACAUUACUCCAUGCUUUGCAAUGGUGCUGCAGUCCAGGUGCGACCUGGGCUGAGUCUUCCAUCAUUGUACUGGGCAUCUCUUUGCCUGUGAGCUCUUCUUCCUUGGGAGCACUGCAAACAGACCAGCAUGAUGGCCUAAGGCGCAGGACCCUGAAACCCGGGGGCCAAAUACAGCUGUCUAGUCCUCAGAACGUUUCCCGAGGCCACACACCCCUCAGUGGUCCCAAAUGUUGUGUGUGUGGCUGGAAUCCAUUCUUCUUCUUUUACGUAUAAGUUUUAUUUUUGCAUUUUCUAUUUUACAUAAACAAAUGAAUUAAAUGUAUAAGCAUAUAAUCCCUUUUGACUCCCCCCCCCCCCCGUUGUGGUUUUUAAUGUAAUAAUUUUCCUCUCUGCAUUUCUUUUAUUACUCCAUUUUUAUAAAUCCUUUGUCAAUCCAUAGUUCAAAUUUUUACUACAAGUUUUCUGUCAAUCCUACCAAUGUAUGUAAUUGUUUACAAUAGCUUUUUAAAUAAGUUACAAACUUUCCCCAUUCUUUAUUUAAAGGCCUCCUCUUCCUGGUUUCUAAUUCUUCCCAUAAGUUUUGCCAUCUCAGCAUAGUUCAUCAAUUUUGCUUGCCACUCGUCUUUGGUCGGCGUUGUACCAUCUUUCCAUUUUUGGGCUAGCAGAGUAUGCACAGCCGUGGUCGUGUACAUAAAUAGUUUCGUCUGAUCCUUUGGGAUCUCUGGUCCUAUAAUACCUAAAAGAAAAGCUUCUGGUUUCUUAGGAAAUGAUAUUUUCAACAUUUUCCCCCAGUUCAUUGUACAGUGGUACCUUAGUUCUCAAACUUAAUCUGUUUUGGAAGUCCAUUCCAAAACCAAAGUGUUCCAAAACCAAGGCACGCAUUCCCAUGAAAAGUAAUGCAAAAUGAAUUAAUCCGUUCCAGACAUUUAAAAACAACCCCUAAAACAGCAAUUUAACAUGAAUUUUACUAUCUAAUGAGAACAUUGAUCCAUAAAAUGAAAGCAAUAAUCAAUGUACUGUACUAUAAAAUAAAUAAGACAUGGAGAUGAUAAAAAUUAAAAUUAAUUCUUUUUCUUACCUGCACUGAUGAUAGUCGUUGUUUGGAUGGGGGGCUUUUAUCCAUUUCCGCUGUCACACAGUCAAUCAAUCAGUAGCUGAACUGGGUUUCACACAGUCACAAACAAAAAUUAACCGAAAAAGCCUCAAAAACAAAAACGCAAAAUAAAUAGCAAAAGCAAAAGCGCCAAACUUAAUCCGUUUGACUCCUGAAAUGUUCAAAAACAAAGGUGCAGCUUCUGAUGGUGCAAGUGCCUCAGAAACUAUAGCCGACAGCUGCAUUGGAUGUUUGGCUUCCGAAAAACGUUCGAAAACUGGAACACUUCCAGGUUUUCAGAGUUUGAGAACCAAAGCGUUUGAGAACCAAGGUACCACUGUAUAUCAUUUCCCAGAAGUAUAAUGUGUAGAAAGUAGCUUACUGUUCAAAGGUAAAAUGUACACUCAUUGUUCUGCCUACUUUUGCCUCUAGACCCACCUUCAUUAGCAUGUGGGCCUUGGAAGCUUCUCCGCUGACAUAAGGGUUCCACCCUAAAAAGUCGGUUUUCUUUUAUUGCAUUUGCAGUAUUCCUUGCAAGAACUCUGGGGCCGAAAGUCUAGAUGCCCCAGUAUUUCUUUGCUUCUCCCUUUUCCUCUGUGUACUCACCUUCAUUUCUAUAACCCCCCCCCCCUUAAUUUUCCUAGGAGGUUUCGGUGGACACACUGUUACAAGCCACGGAUCUUUCCCCUGUUCUCCUGCAUCAUGCGCUGAAACCUCUAACAAACGAGAAUGGGAUCCUGACCCAGAGUCAGAGUAAGUGUGGGGUUCAGAGGAGGAGGAAACAGGGUGGAUAAAAAUAAAAAAGUCAGAUUUUUUUAUUUAAAUCGGAUUUUUAAAAUAAAAUGCUUUUGGAGGAAAAAUAUUUCUAAAGAUAGUUUUCUAUUUGAGUUACAUUGUAGUCCAAAGGCUAUUCAUCAGGAAAUGAGGAUUUGUUUUAAGUUUUUCAUGUGUGCUAAAACUCAGUCUAAGGUGGUGGUGUUGUUUUUUAAACCAUUUAACCACAUCAGUUAACAAACAUGGAUACAUAUGCUACAAUGUUACUGUUUUAGUUAAAUAAAUUGUUUAAAUUGUUAUUAAGGAAAUGAUUAUUUUUCUCCUUCCAAUAAAGUACAGCAGAAAAGUAGUUGUCCAAAUAUAAACAGUUAACUUACUAAACCUCACAAUAUUUUCAUUAUUAUCUAUGUCAGUGUAUUUCUAAUAGUAUAACUAAAUCAGUAAUUUUUUAUAUAACUGUAAAAACUACUCUGAAAAUUUAUUCUUCCAAAUAUGAAACCUUCCUCUGGUUGUAAAUAUUAAGAUUAUACCAGCUAGAAUGAGUCUUUCUGUAAAAAAAAGAAGAUUUAAAUUGUGAUUUAAAUUGAUUUGAUUUAAAUCAAAUCCACCCUGGGAGGAAAGGACCUUGAUUCCCUUGGGAAGCUAUCCCAGCAAUGUGGGUGGGAUUUUGACUCCUGCCAUGCAUCAGUUAAGUUUGCCAUGUCAGAUGGUGCAGAUGAGGUUAGGUAUUGCAAGAGGGGAAACCUGUGCCGUGAAUUGAAGCCCCGUAUUCUUUUAUUGUACCUUUAAUAUUUUGUUGGAAGCCGCCCAGAGUGGCUGGGGAAACCCAGCCAGAUAGGCGGGGUAUAAAUAAUAAAUUAUUAUUAUAAUUAUAUAGAUGUCUUGAGGCUGAACGAAGGGACACUGAGCCAAAUGUCCGGCCAGCGCCUGUGGCUGUUGCCCAAGCAGACCUACUUGAAUGUGGAAGAGAACGAGGGCAGCGCUCUGGAGAGGAAGAGGAACAUCAUCUGCUGCCUCCUUAUCCAGAUCUUGAAAGAAGAGAAAGAGAUACACAUUGACAACCUGGUGUUCAAGGUAUGGAACGCAGGGACGGGGCCUUGCAGCGCAGUCCGACUGGUAGGUGAAGCGCAGGGACUAACUCAUUCCUCUUGCCUCUCCCAGGUGAUCGAUGCCUGCCAGAAAUGGGAGUCUGGCUCAGCUCUGAAAUUCUUGAGCUUCUGCUGCAGCAGCACGGAUGUCCUGUCCUGCAUCCUGCACUUGCUGAGCCAGGGCUACAUCCUGCGCCAGGAAGAGAACCCGCAGCUGCUGGAGUACAUCUGUGCUGAGCCCACCACACCUCACCGGGGCCAAGCUCAGCUCAUCUUCCAGAGCACCGAUUGCCAAAAGGCCAAGGCUUCUUCUGGGACAGACCCUGGCAACAAAUUGCCUUUCAGGUAACGAGCUUUUUUGUUUUGUUUUUCAAUUAAUACUUUUUAUAAUAAUAAUUAUUUAUUAUUUAUACCCCGCCCAUCUGGCUGAGUUUCCCCAGCCACUCUGGGCCGCUUCCAAUUGAGUGUUAAAAACAAUUCAGCAUUAAAUAUUAAAAACUUUCCCUAAACAGGGCUGCCUUCAGAUGUCUUUUAAAGAUAAGAUAGCUGCUUUUUUCCUUCACAUCUGAAGGGCGGGCGCCACUACCGAGAAGGCCCUCUGUCUGGUUCCCUGUAACCUCACUUCUCACAAUGAGGGAACCGCCAGAAGGCCCUCGGUGCUGGAUCUCAGUGUCCGGGCUGAACGAUGGGGGUGGAGACGCUCCUUCGGUACACAGGACCAAGGCCGUUUAGGGCUUUAAAGGUCAGCACCAACACUUUGAAUUGUGCUCGGAAACGUACUGGGAGCCAAUCCAUUUUCCAUAUUCCAUUCAAUUUACUCAUACAGUCAUGAUCAUCAACUUCCCUUCCCCAUCUUUUCGUGGUUCUAUAUAUUUACCCAUUAUAUGACUGCAUAUUCUGAUUUCUCCAUAAGUUUUGUUCUCCUCCCGCCUCCUCGUAUCUUUAUAUACUUUAAACUGUUGGAUUUACUCCAACCCUGCUAACGUUUUAACCUGUUUAACAUUAUUCUUCAUAAUAAUACCAGUGCUUUUUUUCUAAAAAAAAUAAUGUUUAGGGUUACUCUCAUUUUGACUCAAGAAAAUCACCAUUUUACAGUUCAUAUCAGGGAAAAUAAAUACAGUAAAUGGACAAAAGUACAAAGAUUCACAAAAUGUUUAGGGGUAUGCGUACUCCUGCGUCCCCCCAGAAAAAAAAGCACUGAAUAAUAAAAUAAUUUAUACCCUGCCCAUCUGGCUGGGCUUCCCAAGCUACUCUGGGAGCUACCCAACAGAAUAUUAAAAACACGAUAAAACAUCAAACCUUAAAAACUUCCCUACACAUACUCUGCAAACAUUUCCCACUCUUCCUUAAAUACUCGGAUCUUCCCGAUCUCUUACUUCAUUAGUUAAAUUUGCUGAUUCGACAUAUUCCCAUCAAUUUCAUCUGCCAUUCCUCCUUUGUUGGUGUUAAUUCCCUCUCUCCAGAUGUUUCGUUUUAACAUGACACAUAGCAGGGGUGUAGGAGCCUACCUGCCUACUUGUUGUUUGUUGGUAUCUUCAUGAACUUACCUAAAAAGAUAAAGAAAACAAAAGACUGAGUUAAGCAUUUGAAAAAUCCAUUGAAAUCAGACAUUAUAAGUUCAUCUUAGGUUGGGUAGUUUACAAGUCUCUGUGGCUUUGCAUAAGGUUUUGUAUUUGUCUCAGAAGAUUGAUAAAGAAUGUAUAAUUAUUUUGGUAAUUAUUGUGUGUAUAUUAGUUGCCAAUGUGUUGCAUGAGUCGUACUACUUGUUGUGAUGUGGCUGUUCUUGCCUUCAGGUUGGAUGCCUUUGGCCUCGGCACAGAACAGGUUCUUAUGGAGACAGUUCUGUUACCCAUGGGGCGCACCAUGAGCCAAGACGAAGUUGGGGUGCUGAUGAACCAGACGGUGCAGAGGGUCUCAGAUACCCUGAGCGUGACGGCAGAUGUAGCCCAGCACCUGCUUAUCCACUGUAAAUGGAACGUGGAUGUUCUGAUUCAGCGCUACACAGAGGAUCCAGAGGUGCUCCUGUUCUCCUCAGGGAUGCAAGUGCGAAACCCCCAGGAGCCCUCAAGCCCUGUCACUCACUGUCCAGUCUGUGUGAAUCUGCUGAGUCAAGAUGACAACCCACCUGUUCUCUGCUGCAUGCACUACUGCUGCAAGGUGAGGUUUGGCUUCCCUUACUGUCCUGACGGCAGGUAUCUGCUUUCACUCUCACCAUUCUUGUCUUAAUUCUGAUCCCCGACAGAAUAUUGUUGCUUUCUGAGAUUGGGUGUCCCAUCCUUGUCCCAUUACAGUGGUACCUUGGUUCUCAAACUUAAUCCGUUCCGGAAGUCCAUUCCAAAACCAAAGUGUCCCAAAACCAAGGCACGCUUUCCCAUAAAAAGUAAUGCAAAUGGAUUAAUCCGACCCAGACUUUUAAAAACAACCCCUAAAUCAGCGAUUUAACAUGAAUUUUACUAUCUGAUGAGACCAUUGAGCCAUAGAAUGAAAGCAAUAAUCAAUGUACUGUACUAUAAAAUAAAUAAGACAGUAUUGUAGAUGAUAAAAAUUAAAAUUAAUUCUUUUUCUUACCUGCAUUGAUGAUAGUCAUUGUUUGGUUGGGGGGCGUUUAUCCAUUUCCGUAGUCACACAAUCAGUCAAUCAGUAGCUGAACUGGGUUCCACACAGUCACAAAAACAAAUUAACUGAAAAAGCCACAAAAACACAAAAUAAAUAGCAAAAACAAAAGCACCAAACUUAAUCCAUUCCAGAAGUCCGUUUGACUUCCGAAAUGUUCGAAAACAAAGAUGCAGCUUCUGAUUGGUGCCCCAGAAAAAAUAGCCGACAGCCGCAUUGGACGUUCGGCUUCCGAACAACAUUCGAAAACCGGAACACUUAAUUCUGGAUUUUUGGCGUUUGAGAACCAGGGCAUUUGAGAACCAAGGUACCACUGUAGUCCUAUUGGUUUUGGUGUAAAUUUCCAAAACACUCCCCCUAGUGGGCGACUUGGAGCACUGCUGCCUGUAUUGUUAACACUGCUGAUCUCUUGAUCCCAUGUUUUCUUCCCUCUCAUUUUUUCUUCUUCAAUUAGUCCUGCUGGAAUGAAUACUUGACAACUCGGAUUGAACAGAACCUGAUUCUGAAUUGUACAUGUCCCAUCUCUGACUGCCCUGCGCAGCCGACUACUGCCUUUAUCCGCUCUAUUAUUUCCUCCAAGGAGGUCAUUGCCAAGGUAGGCACAGGGGUUCUGACACGCAAGCUCAAUCUAUCAAAACCUCCUACACACUAGGCGAGAGCUUCAUCUUUUCCUUAUGAGAAAACACCUGUUGUGUCCUAUAGCCUGGGAUCUGAGUAAUAGGUCAAGCCGUUAAUCCAUUUAAUUCCAGGUAUGCUAACUCUCCCAUUACUCAGCAUAUUGCUUGCUAAGAUUGCUCUGUUGUCCAUCUUGCAGAAUACAGUGGUACCUCAGGUUAAGUACUUAAUUCGUUCCGGAGGUCUGUUCUUGACCUGAAACUGUUCUUAACCUGAAGCACCGCUUUAGCUAAUGGUGCCUCCUCCUGAUGCCACGCCGCCGGAGCACGAUUUCUGUUCUCAUCCUGAAGCAAAGUUCUUAACCCGAGAUACUAUUUCUGGGUUAGCGGAGUCUGUAACCUGAAGCGUAUGUAACACCGAGGUACCACUGUAUCUCAUUUGCUUGAGACGUUUUGAGCUGUCUGCCCUGCAGGCACCUGUUUGUUAGAUCCUGUGUUCAGUCAUACCUCAUGUUGCGUCCGCUUCAGGUUACGUCUUUUCAAGUUGCGUCCUGCGGCAACCUGGAAGUACCGGAAUGGGUUACUUCUGGGUUUGCCACUCACACAUGCGCAGAAGCGCUAAAUUGUGCUGCUCACAUGCGCAGACACAGCACUUCUGGAUGCGAAUGCUUCAAGUUGCGGACGUGCCUCCGGGAAAGAUUACGUCCGCAACUCGAGGUUCUAUUGUACAGGACUCAUGGACUGACUUAGUGAAUGCCUUUUUCCACUUUAGUAGGGAACUGGGAUAAGUUGUGCUUCACUUCCUUCAGGUUCAUGACUUCUGCAUCAUUAAUUUUGUGUGUGUGCUCUAAGAAUACUUGAAUCUGAUUUUUUUUUAAACAAAUUCUGCAGAUUGCCAUAUUUGCUUGUACUGUACUAUUCUGAUUGUGCUCAUCGGGAGGGAUGUUUGGAAACCCCACCUCCUGAUCACUGGAAAUUGUGCUGAGCACACUUCCUUUUUUCAGUUCUGCUAGGUCACUAGGCAUUGCAGAGCCCUCCGCACUCUCAAGCCCUUUUAGUGCUUGAAACAUUUUGGAAAAAACACUAAAGCUGAGGUUUUCAGCAUACCCAGUCCAGUAUCUGUUUUUGGACUUGCAUUAUGUGAUCAUGGAGUUUUAGAAUACACAUAAUCCUGUCUAUGAUAUGUCAAGGAGAUCACAUUUAAGUUUUUGUACUCAUAUACCUGAUUAACUCAGGUUGAUAGAACAUACUGCAUCUUCAGCAUUUAUUGGCCAAUAUACAUCUCAAACUAAAGCCUUGGAAUUAUGUUAGACAGCAGCUAUCUUCUGAAGGAAGUAAAACAAUACUGUUCUUUGGUGGUCUUCACCUCAGCUGUCCUUCGGGGUAUAGAAUAUUUUUGUUGAAACUUGAGAUACAGUUCAAGAAAUCCUAAGAGUGACACCUUCCUGCUCUUCAAUAACAUGUUGAAGCCUAUGAUCACGUCAGAAUAAUGUCAAUUACCUUAACUGCAUCAAGAAUCCUUCUGCUCAGUUUUUAACCAAAGUUUAUCUUCUUCAGAAGACGACCAAGCUUCUUACAGUGUUUAGCUGAGAAGCAUAAUAGUACAUUGCAAAAUUCAGAAGUGUUAGCCUUUCCGUAAGACCAUAGUAGAUAUUCUGGGCGGCUUAUUGUUCUGCCUAAUAUUAAUUAAUACUUUUGCCAUGACACUAACGCCUCCUGUAGCAAUUGGACUAUUAUGAUUAAACUGAGAAACCUAGGUAACACAUUCUUUUUAAAGGUGGCGAUUAUCCCUUAUCCUUUGAAAGUCUGAGGAAAAACUAUUGUUGAAGAUCACUUUGUAUUUUUUUGGUCAGCAGUUCAUAGUCCCAGAAAGUUGCUCUAAAUCUGGCACGAGAUUAAUCACCGUGGCGCUGUGGGUUAAACCACAGAGCCUAGGACUUGCCGAUUAGAAGUUCGGCGGUUUGAAUCCCUUUGACUGGAUGCGCUCCCAUUGCUUGGUCCUGCUCCUGCCAACCUAGCAGUUCGAAAGCCCAUCAAAGUGCAAGUAGAUAAAUAGGUACCGCUCUGGCGGGAAGGUAAACGGCGUUUCUGUGUGCUGCUCUGGCUCGCCAGAAGUGGCUUAGUCAUGCUGGCCACAUGACCUGGAAGCUGUACGCCAGCUCCCUCGGCCAAUAAAGCGAGAUGAGCGCCGCAACCCCAGAGUCAGCCACAACUGGACCUAAUGGUCAGGGGUCCCUUUACCUUUUUUUAAACUGAUAAUUGCACAAGAUCUCCAGAACUGCCACUUGUGUGUUUCUUUCCUGCAGUAUGAGAAAGCGCUCCUGAGGGGUUAUGUUGAAUGCUGCUCGAACCUGACCUGGUGUACCAACCCCCAAGGUUGCGAUCAGAUCCUCUGCAAGGAAGGUCUUGGCUGUGGAGAAGCCUGCUCAAAGUGCUCUUGGAUCUCCUGCUUCAACUGCAAUUUCCCAGAGGUAAGGCUGAGAUGAACCAUGGAGGAAGUGCACCUGUCUCCUCACAGGACUUUUAUCCUGGGUUUUUUGCCCUCCCAAGUCAGCUCGGGCUCUGUAAUUCCUUGCAGGCUCACUAUCCUGCCAGCUGCAGCCAUAUGUCCCAGUGGAUGGAUGACGGAGGGUUUUAUGAAGGGAUGACCGUGGAAGCCCAAAGCAAACACCUGGCCAAACUCAUCUCCAAGCGCUGCCCAAGCUGCCAAGCUCAAAUAGAGAAAAAUGAGGGCUGUCUGCAGUGAGUGCCUUUUUGCUUAUUAGCUUAUUUAGUUAGAGGGCAGAAGAAUGACACAAACUUGGAUUGCAUGGGAGGUGCCCCCAAACUUUCUUUGGCUUCUUGUCUGAUGCCGCCUUAGUUGUACAUAACAUGCAUACUUUUAUUUGUAUGCUGCCUUUCCAUAACUGUAAGCUUCCUUGAAUGUGGUUUUAACAUGAAAAAAUCCCCCACAUAAUUGCAAGAGCAAAAAUAGUCACAAGGAAUAAAUAAAACAUCAAAAAAUACACAACCAAACAGAACAAUUUCCACAUAAAUCAUUUGGGGAAGGUAUAAAUGAAAUAAAGAUACAAAAAUUUAAUAUCAGUAACAGCAGCAACCCCGCACACACCAAAAUGCCCUAAACAAUAACCCAGUCCAAGAAUCUGUUAAGCAGCCUCAACUUUUGUAGCUGGAGUCAGUCAUGGCCCUGCCCUCCCAGGCUAUGUGGAAAAGGUCUGCAAGGCUGGGAGUAGGUCUUCCAGGAUUCGCAGCCAAGCUUACUUACCCCUGCACAGUGAUCCCAGUGCAGCCAAGGAAGAGAAGGCGGGCCAAGAAGAAGGCCUGAUCUGGCCAUCAGGAAUUAAUUUUCUGGCCAAACUUUAUGCUUGAACUAAUGGGAAUUAUUUCUGUUCUACGCAGUAUGACUUGUGCCAAAUGUAACCAUGGAUUUUGCUGGCGCUGCCUGAAGCCUUGGAAACCAACCCACAAGGACUAUUACAAUUGUUCCGCUAUGGUGAGUUUAGUACAGGGCAUACUUUGUGUCUGGUGUUAUUUAUUUGUUUAACUUCAUCACUUGCCCUUAAACCUAAGGUUACAACAAUUUAAAUCCAACAUUAAGGACCGCCUUGUCUCUUUUCAAACCGACCCGGAUCCUGUGAUCAUCAUGUGAGGCCCUUCUUUGUGUGCCUCCUCCACAAGAGGUCUGGAGGGCGGCAACACGGGAAUGGGACUUUUCUUUGGUGGCUCCCCGUUUGUGGAAUGCUCCUACCAAGGAGGCUCACCUGGUGCCUUCAUUACAAAUAUUUAGGUGUCAGGCAGAAAUAUUCCUCCCAGGCCUUUGGCUAAUCAAACAAUCUAUCACCUUUUAAACUGUUGAAGGGUCUUGUUUUGUUACUACGUUGUGUAUUUGUGUGUGUGUUAUAUUGUAAACAGCCCUGUGAUCCUCUGAUGAAGGGUGAGUUAGAAAUGUAACUCCAGGUAACUUAUUUCCUGUUUCCCACCCUCAGGUGAGCAAAGCAGCUCGACAGGAGAAGCGUUUCCAAGACUAUAAUGAGAGGUGUACCUUCCAUCAUCAAGCAAGGGUGAGGAUCGCUCCCCUGUACUUCGGGGACAAGGAACAUAAUCCAGCCCCGGUGUCUGCUCUUCAUCAAGUUUUACCAUCCAAGAAUACUUCAUAGGCAGCUGGUUCUAGUAUUAGUGGUAGAAAUUGGCCAUGAAAACCACUUGGGCUUCUGUCACACAGAAUUUGUGUCUGCCUGUCUGGAAUAGUAACGCUUGGCCAGCUUGCCAAAUCUAACAUCUCUAGUCCAAAAGAUUGCUUGCUGUGAAGAAAUAGGAUUGGUGGCCAUAACAGUUUGGUUGUAAAUCUGUGCCUUGAGAGGAAGACUGGGCUCAUGUCUGCAGAUAAGAAGGGUUCUUCCUGAAUAGACAGGAUUGCUGAGUCUCUUCCUUUUCAUUGCAGGAAUUUGCCAUGAACUUACGAAAUAGGGUUUCCACUGUCAGUGAUGUGCCACAGAUUCGGUCCUUGACGUUUGUCGUUGACACCUGCAAAAUGCUGGAACAAGCGCGGAAAGUAAGUGCAUUAAUCUGAGAAAGAGGAGGAGGGACACACAUGGAUGCAUGUCUGCUGCUCUUCUUUCUGACUUUCUUCUGCUGCAGUUCCUUUGUCCUCUUUCUGCAAUACAGUUUAAACUCAUUAAGAAAAUGCAACCCCAAGAGGAUCCACAACAUUCAGAUCAAUGGAAGGACUGUAUUUUGGAGGGAUAGGAGAGGCGAGUGCCUGAGCGCAGCAAAGUCUUAGAAGAUUUAUUAUUCAGGGUGGUGGGUGGAAAUAAGGGUUGCUGUCCAAAAGUGCUGGAAGCCCAACACCACAUGCUAUCCCCCUCUUCCUUUAGGAAAUUCUGGUGGCAUCUGGUAACACUAGUUUUUGGCUUGGCCAGCAAGGCUAGUAAAAAUGGUGAAGCCCUGGUCAGUGCAUCCAUUUGAGACAAAUAUUUUCUUCUUGAAGCCAUGCAGUAUUUAAUAGGCUAACACUAUACCUGCACUGAUUCUUACAGUGGAGAAGGCGUAUUUCAGAUGUCUCCCAGAGGCUCUUUGUUGGCUUUCAACAAAGGUCCUUGUGCAGAUAAAGGUUUAGUUCUUGCUUUGAUUUACGAUCUUGCUAGCUCCAGAUUGUUUUCUCUUCUGAGUUGCCUAUGCUGUUCUAGACAUGUGCCCAGAAAUGGAGGCUCCAUUCUAGCCAUAACUAUGCCAGAAAUAGCACAGAGCAGGAAAAGUGGCUCUCCAAUAGGAAGCUGUGCCUGGAAAGUGGGGUGGGGAGAAAACCAGCUGCCUGUAGUAUGUAUGUAAAUGUGGUGUUUUGUGUUCUCUCUCAGGUGCUGGCUUACUCCUGUGUGUACAGCUACUAUAACCAGGACACUGAAAAGAUUGACAUCAUGGAGCAACAAUCAGAGAACCUGGAGCUGCACACCAAUGCUCUGCAAAUCCUUUUGGGUGAGUAGAAGUGAAUGAGACCAUGUUUGCAAGAUGAUGGGUGCUUAGACUUUAAAUACAGGUUCAAAGAAUGCUAGAUUAGAGGCUAGAUUAUCAGGAAAGGCAAGAGAGCAUUUCCUCAUUGCAACCACCUGGGUAGCUCUCAUCCAGAUGCCUGACUUUCACUCCAUGAUUCUUCUAAAUAUGACUAAAAGCUUAUGUAAUUUUAAAAAAUAAAACAAAAGCUAUAAUUCUCUUGCAAGAACACAGAGUCCACAUUGUUAGUUCUGUCAUGACACUUGGGCCUGCCCAGACUUUUGCCUUUUUAUUUAACCCCCCCCCCCAGGUCUGAUAAGCAAUAAUUAAGAGAUGUAUCUAUGAAAAGUAUUUAAAAGAAGUGCUUGGGGCCAGAGCAAUAUGUGUCUCUUCCUCCUUUCCUCUGUUCAGAGGUGCCAGCUGUGGCCUUGUGCCCCAGUGCACAGCAUUCAAGUAGGUGUGUCAUAUCCUUGUCUAGAUGUGGGGCUAGGUUGUAGGCAUAGUGACUCCUGCCACAUUCCUUCAUCAGUCCCUUUUCCCACUAAACCCCCCUCUAGUUUUACCCUAUAACAGGCAAAAUAAGAGGAGUGGACAAAUACUGUUAAAAAAACACACAGUUUGAGUGCCUUUCUGUACGCAUAUGGAUAAGCACUCAGUAUCCAAUCCAGAAAAACUGGAACAAAAAGGAAUCUCCACCUAUAUAUUCACCAUUCCUCUUCUGAUCUGAAAUUCAAGUGAGGCCGAAUGAAACUUCUCUAGCUGCCUGCAACUUUGUAGGAUGGAUUAGCUGAGUCAGGUCUACCCUUUCGGUUGCUACUACUCAGCCUGCAGCCCGAAGGCUCACGUUGUUUUGAUCCUUGUAUUUCAGAAGAGAUGUUGCUGCAGUGCCAGGAUCUUGCCUCUUCGAUUCGGCUGCUCAAAGCCGAGCAUUUUAAUACAGGUCUAGAGCUGGUGCGCAGGAUCCAAGAACGACUCCUAGCAAUUCUGCAGCAUGCCACACAGGUAACAGCUAUUAACUUGACCAGGAAUGUGUUCUGUCCAGCAGUGUAGCAGAAUGGAAAAUGCUGCGGUGCAGUUUGUUUCGGAGGGGCUGCCAGUGACAUUUUCUGACCUUUCAUUAUAUCCUGACAGGACUUCCGUGUGGGAUUCCAAACCCGACAAGGCUCUGAACAGAGGGAGAUGAAGUUAUCCAAUGUGCCUAAUGCCACGCCUACUUAUAAAGAGUGAGUUUUCUUGCAGGGGGGACAUGGGCAGUACGACUAGAUGGUGGGUUUUGUAUUCUCUCCCUCCCUCUUUCUCUCAUUCUCAAUUUUAUUAAAUUUCCUGUUUUACAAUUUCAGAUAAACAUUUUACAUACUUUAACAUAUCCAAUGACUUCCCUUCUUCUCCUUCCAUGGUUCAUUUUGCAUAUCUUACAUCCCUGCAUAUUUUACAGUAACUGCUCCAAUCGGUUUUCCACUAUUACAUCCAUCAAAAAUUAUUUACUCUGUUGAAUUCAUCUUAAUGCUGCCAGCAUUUUCAACUUAAGUUGCCCAUCUUCUUUGGUUGGGACCUCACUUUCCAUUUUGGGGGCGAACAUAACACAGGCCGCAGUUGUUGCAAACAUAAAUCACCUUUCCUGACACCUGGGGAUUUUAAUCUGAGUUAUCCCCAGCAGAAAGGACUCUGGUUUUGGGGGGAAAGUAAUUUUAAACACCCCCCGCGAGUUCAUUAUAAAUCAUUUCCCAAUACUCUUUUACCGUUUUACAUGUCCACCACAUAUGAAAGAACAUUCCCUCCACCUCUUUACACUUCCAGCACUUAUCUGAUUCUGUCUUGUAAUUCUUAGCAAGCCUACUUUGAGUUAGAUACCAUCUUUGGAUCAUUUUCAAAUAAUUCUCUUUCAAAGAAUCACAUGCUGUCAAUUUCAAGUCGCUUUUCCAUAGUUUCUCCCAGAGGUUAAAAUCUAUGUUGUGUCCUGUAUUUAUUGCCCAGUGUGUCACUGAAGCUUUAACUAGCUCGUCUUUUGUUUCCCAUUCUAAUAACAGGUUAUACAUUUUAGACAAAAUGUGAGUUUUGCAUUCUUAGUGAGGUACAACAUAUCUAGAGUUACUGCCUAAUCUGAGCAUACAGCAGACUGAACAAUUUAACACAUGUCACCGUCCAGCAACCCAGACACUGAGCUGCUCUCCCUCUUGGAAGCGCCCUUUUCUUCCUGCACCCUUUAAUUUUCUUUUUGCACAGUGAGCUAGACAAGUUGUCAUUUGGGCUACUCUUAAUCUGUGGCCUGAUGGACCAGGUGAGGGGCUCUUGUGAGCAAGUUAAGGCUCUGAAUGUGCCAUCCCCUGAGGUACUAACAGUUGUAAUAUUGUAUGUAUUUUUUAAAAAUUACAAUACUUUAAACCAACGCUCCUUCAAAGUACGAUACCAGGGUGGGGUACAAGAAUGUAAAUUAAAACCAAGAAAUACAAUUGUGAACAAAGAAUACAAGGUGCAGAUAAAAACAAAGCAGAAGCAGCAAUUACAAUGAUAUAAAUACACAAUUUAUCCAGUUCUUGCUGGAAUGGUGGUAGCAGUCCAAAUGCAGGAUUGCCAGAUGUUCAAAUGUCCAAUCACGUUUUCCUGAAACUCCCAACAGUAGUUGAGUUCUGUUAGGUCUUAGCCAAUCUUCUGUUGUGUUUAUAGCGUUUCUUGUGGUUGUUGGCUAAAAAUGUGCAAGGUGUACUGACUACAAGGGUUUGUUUCCGCCUAGGCUUGUUUUCGAUGAGGCAUCCGAUUCAGCCGACACAGAUGAUGGUGGCAAAGAGGAAGAGGAUGACGACGAAGAUGAAGACGAAGAAUACGUCCCCGAGUGGCAGGAGGAGUAUGAUGACGAAGAUCUCGAUGAUGACAAUAUUUCUUACGAUGAUGAAUCGGAGAAUCUGGAGAGGGAUUCUUUCUUUUUUGACGAUGCUUAUUAGUAGAGUUGGCCUCCUGGCACCCCAAAUUCACACCAGAGAAUCCUGGAGUAAAACAUUGCCUGUCACUCAGACAGCCUUGUCCCGGCUGCACUCUCUGCUCUGCUUCUGUCAUAGUCCAAGGACAGCAAGGAGAACUAGAUUUCAGUCAGGCAGGAGUUUGUAUGGUAGUUUACAACAAAAGGGUGCUUUCCUCUUUGAGACGGCUGGUUGUGACUCUUUUGGUACAACUUGCAGGGCUGCUGUGCCCGGUUACAUAGGAACUUCAUCAGCUCUUGGCACAAGCGGUGGCGGGGAGGGUGUGUUCUUUGUCAUCUGUGAGCUUUUUUUUCAUGCUCUUCCUUGGGGAAUGAAACCAAGUACCAAUCUAGCAACAGAUCCAGCCAUUAUCUCGUCCCAUUACAGGCUUCAACCUUGAGAGAUUCAGGGCACACCACAUGCCAUUUAUGUCCGUGUGAAAAGUUACACACCAUUCUUGCCUGUAUUUCCUAUAUCUUAUUUCCACACCUGCUGCUAUCACCCAGGAAUCCAGCCUUGGCAAAACCUACUUGAUUUCAUAAUCUAGCCUGACAAUGGCGAAUGGCCCAGGAAUCGUAGUGACACAGCCUUGAGUGCCAGCUUUUUAGCCCGGUGGCUUUUGGUUCUCAGUAGUGAUGUUCCCUGUGGGGUAAAGACAUGGAAUGUGCACCCACCACCCAGGCACGCACAAAAUAUUUCUUAAGGGCCUCUGUCUGCCAAGGCGAUUCUCAUUUCUGUUCUAGCACACGUCUAAAAACUAGGGCCUGAGUUUUUCACUCCUUUGCAGCGAAAAGCUCUGCUGGAUUGAGUGACCAGGGAGGAAUGGACUAACUAGAGAGAAGGUAAUUUAGGUCAUUGGGUGUGUUUGGAGAUGAGAGCUGGUGAAAUAGUUAAAGAAUUUUUUUUUGAAGUAGAGCUCAAGUGGCCUGCUCUGAGUCUGACAGGUAGUUCUGUGGGUUGCCAGCACUCUUGAAUGGACAUGGUUUUGAGAGUACCUCUUUCGUUGAGAGGUCAGUUUUCUGUGGGGUUGUUUUUUUUGUUCCUUUGUCAUUGGAAUCGUCUUCUCUUCCUUCAGAUAGGAAUUCUGCAGGAUGUAGAGGUUCAGAGGGUUCAUAUAUAUAUAAUAAAUAUAUAUAUAUACACACAUAUAUAUAUAUAUGAAGAAGCUGAAAUUGUUCAGAUUAUUAUGCUUUAUCUUUUCUUGAAAAUCAAAAAGAAUCCUGAAACAACAAGAUUAUACACCACCUGUUUAUGUAAUAAACAGUUUUUUU